GUACCCGCGAUAAUGGCGGCCGUGGUGUCAAAGUCGAAACGGUGAGUACCUAAGCAUUUUCUUGCACGUCAUUAUUUUUAUUUUUUUUUUUUUACAUUAUCUCGGAAAAGGGAACUUUUCAAAAAUACAACUAUAACACCACUUGUGUACAAUAUUUAUUUAUUUUUCCCAUUCGAUUGUAAAGUACCUAUUUUAAUUUUAUUUCGGUUCGUAGCCGUGAAAUAUCAUUAUAGCGUUUCAUAAAACCCAAUCACGCAAUUUAAAACUUCGAUGGUAAUAUAAUAUUGCGUUAAAUUCCAUUGAAGGUGUAGCACUUUAGGCGGGCACCUAUUCGAGUAGAGAGGUCAUUGAGAUUUCUAUCGACGACAUUGUUAUUUUUUUAUCGCGGAAUUAUGUAAUAUUAUCGUUAUCGUUGUACAAACCGUAUACAAACACGGUUAUACGAAAUACGUAUCGAUUUUGAACCAUAGCUAUCGUUAAAUUUGACGUCAUAAAUUUUCGGCAAGCACAGUGUAUUAUUAUGUUAACAGCAUCGUGCACAAGUUGUAAAGUGACCAAAAAUAAUAUUGUAAUCAGAGCCCGCUGAUUCUGUAACAAUAUUGAUAAUAAACGAGCUAAUAAAUUAUCAUAGGCUACCAAUGAAAAUAGUAGAACCUGCUUGGAUUCGUUUGUUUUGCGCAUCAGGAAUUAAAAAUAUUAUACAAUUAUCCAUGUCUCAUAUUUGAAGAAUUUUAGAUUUUUAGUGUUGAUUUUUUUUGUUAUUAUAAUUGUGGUUUAUUUUGUGUUUUGCGUAAAUCUUGUUUUAAGUUGAUUGAAAAAAGUACAAUGAUGUGUAUUUUAAAUAAUAAACCAUAUAUUUGCUUUUUCUAGACGUGGUAUAAUUUUAAAAACAUUUGAGCAGUUUUUGAGCUAUGUAGGUCUAGGCAUUUUAAUUUUGCGAGUUUUCUACGUAAUUUUUAUUUGGUAGGCAUUGCAAUGUUAUGAUCACACAACGUGUGGAUAAAAUUGUUAGACUAAACAGAAUUGCUUAAAAACUUGACAGUAGAAUCAUUAUAAGUCGUACUUAGUGGUAAAAAAAAAAAACAAAAUUGAGAGUAAUGUAGUAUUUUUUAAAUUUUCGUAUAAGAGUUUUAAAAACAAAUUUUGAUGAAAAUUGUGAGGCCCGGAGUCCACCAAAGUAACGUGACGAGUGAUUUAGCAAGUGACAUGUCAUACUAGUUAUUUGUCAUUACAUACAUACAAAAAUCAUUCAUGUCCGUACACUGAUCAAACCUGUCAGAUCAUGUAUCAGUUUUGUAUAACUUCUGAAAUUUUGUUGAUGACAAAAGUACUGCAUGUUCUACUUUUGUCACUUGUUAUAUCACGAGUCACGUUACUUUGGUGGACGCCGGGCCUAAAUAUUACGGCCUUUCAAAAUACGUACAACCAAACUUCGUUCCGAAUCGCUAUUCUCUAGUAAUGGUUUACCGUUGGUUACAGCCUUACAGGUAUUUUUUUUUUUUUAAUGUUUAUUAUUAUUAUAUAUAAAUUCUGUAAUGAUAUUUCUGAUGAGCGUAUGAGCGUUCAGAUAUAUUAAAAAUGACAUGAGAGAGUGAGGAGAGAAGCUACCUAGCAGUAACACUGAGACGCGAUUGUUAGAUUAUGGUACUUGUGUAGGAUUUUUUUUUUAUAUCUAAUGAGCCAAAUCACGAAACCAACGUCUCUUAAGCCUUCUUAGCGGGUUUCCGGGAAUGUUGGUUGAGUUUAGAGAAAGGAUAAGAGGAUUUGUGUUGUUCAUGAGGUGUCAGCGAAAACGCUUAUAGUACGAUGUGGCCACUUUGGCGGCAGUCUGUAUAUUAAGAUCGGAGUGCAGAGUGUGAUUCGAAUCGUAGAAGGGCGCAUUAGUUAUUAUUCGGAGGGAUAUGGAUUGGAAAAUCUGAAUUGUGUAAAUGUUAGAUUUUAUAGCCGCUCCAUAUAAUUGGACACCAUAGGCUCAGAUGGGCUUGAGGAGAGUUUUGUAUAGCAGCAAUUUAGGUUACAAGUAUAAAUUAAAUAACUUUAUGCAUCCCACAUUCCCAAUUACCUAGUCACAACGGUGGCCGCACCCGUCACCAGCAUCAGCUAUUUUUUUUUUUUAAUACUAUGUGUUAAUUAAUACGUUUAAACGGUUUUUUCGAGAAAUUAACUUUUAAAAAUACUAAUAUCUAUAUUUACCUCUACCAUCCAUAAUAUAACAUUAGCCAAUUAUAAAUAAAUCGCUGUACGAAAAUUUUCAAAUGGUAUAUGUUUCGCGUAAAAAUGUGUUUAUUGAAACGCACGUAUUAUUGAACUUUAGACGGAAAACUUAUAUUUACCGUUUUUAGACGUGGUGGCAUUUUCAAAACAUUUUGCCAUUUUUUAAGUUAUUCAUAGAUAAAUUAAUUUUGCGCGUUUUUUUAUACAAUUUUUACUUGUUAGAUACUCGGCGGGUAAAAUUGUUUGACAUUUUAACAUGCGGUUCAUUAUAAAUAGUACUUGGUGGAGGUUAAAUAAAAAUAGUUGAAUUUAAUGUAGAGUUUUUUUUUAUAAGAAUUAAUAUCAAAUUUCGACGAAAAUCGUAAAUAUUAUGGCCUUUUAAAAUAUGUAUAAUUCAAUAAUUGAACUUCGCUCUGAAUCGUUUUUUCGUUAGCAAUGGUUUAUCGUUGUUUACAAAUAUAAACUAAAUGACUUUAUGUAUCCUACAUUCCUAUUUCUCAUUUAAAACAGUGGCACACCCGUCCCCAGUAUCAGCUUUUUUUUUAAAAUUUCGAAUGUUGUAUAAAUUCCCGUGUUAUGUUUAUAUUUGUUUUACAUUUUAAAUUAAAAUAUUUUUAUUUAUAUUGGUGUUAAAUUAUUUCGCAUUUUUACUGAUCAAAAAUAACACUGUCCACAAUAUUCUUUCUUCAGCUCUAUACACUAUUUAAGCCUAAUGCUAAAAUCAUACACAUUUUUCAUUUGUCUCUUACUAUAAUGCCAACUCUUUGUAAUUUCUUAAGCUUUCCAAAUUUACCUUAGCUUUGUUCAGCCACGAUUAUUUAGGUCUUCCUAAAGUCUUUUUCCUGGAGGUUUCCAAUUAAGGGUAUAUUUUUCUCUCGAGUUUGAUUUACAUGGCUUGACUAGCUGAGUACUCGACCAACUAAAUAAUAAUAACAUAGUUAGUGGGUUCAGGGGCGUAAUUACGGGGGGGGGAUAUCGGGGAUAGAUUUCCCCCAUGAGGCGUAUUUAUGUAGUUUAUUGUUAUUUUAUACAAAUGUACCAAUGUUUUAUAAUAUGAUUUAUAUUUAAAGUGAAGUAUUGGUUAAUAUUUUUAUCUGUGUAAAACUUUGUUGAGAAAAAAAUUAUAGUACAGAAAAAUAUAUUAGGAAUAAUGACGGUUCUCAUAAUAUAAUACUUGCCUUCUUUUAUGUGAAGACAGUUGAAAAAGACAUGCACUUUAUAGAUUUUUUUUUGUGGCAAUAUAAGGAAAAUAAAAUUAAGGAGGAAUGGAUGGUGGAUUUAAUAGUAGAUCGAUCGGAAAAUGUCGAUGGGAUAUCAAUUAAAGUACAGUAUUUUGUUUAAUUUGUUCCAAAAAAUACACUUUUAUAUGACGUAUUUAUGUAGUUUAUUGUUAUUUUAUACAAAUUGGAAGUUCAAAUGUCAAUUUUCAAAACUAUUAUGAAGUUUUAAAUAUUUAUAUGUUUAAUUGUAUUGGUAUGUACCAAAAUAUUCAUAGUUUAUAUUAGAUAAACAAAAUUAUUAAUAGUUUAGUAGUUUAAUAGUUUCAAAAUAAAUGGUAAAUUUUACUGAAAGCUUUACUACUACUACUACUUUACUUUACUACUACUACUUACUAAUAUUACGCGUUCGAACGUGAUUUGAACGUUGCGAUUUUGAAAACGUAGACGUGCCAUUUAAUAUACAAUUUCCGUGCCAUGGUGAUGAGUUAUUAAAUGUUUGUAAGGAGGGGGGGUUGUGUGGGGCUAAUCUCCUACGAAAUUGCCAUGACUAUUCAUAUCCCUCCCCUUAAAACAUUCUCAAUUAUGCUACUGCGUGGACUAGUGGCAUCACAUGGUUACCUAUGGGUUAUGGUGUAUGACAAUUAGUAAACUAAUUCCUUAGAAAUAGUUCGGUAUUCUUAUUAUUUUAUUAGUUAAUAAUUAUUAAUUUGAAACUGAAAUGAAGUCAUGAUAAAAAAAUAAUUUGUAAAUAUCGCGGAUUACUUUAGUAGAACAGCAAACUAAAGGGAGGGGGGAAUGGGCCUGAUCAUGUUUCUGAGUACUACGAAAGUGCGAUGUUUUGAGAAAAACAUCAAAUUACCUCGCAGUAUUUUAAUUAACAAUCAUUAAAAUAUGAUAUUAUUAUUGUGAAACUUGCAUUACAUUUUUGGAAAAUUCGCGAUUACCUGUAAAUUUAUCAGAAAAUAGAUCAACAAUCAAGGAAGAUAAUAUAUAAACUCAAAAUACCUAGCUAGACAAUUUAAAUAUCAUACUAUAUUAUAAUAAUAAUAUUAUCAUAUUAUUACUGUUUUAAAUUUUAUCAUUUGAUGAAUAACACAAAAAAAACUUUGGAUUUUUUCGAGAAUCGGUUUUGGUCACGAAAUUGUUACUUUUUGAGAAACAGUUAUUGGUUAAUUGGUUUUAUUGGUAAUUGGUUAGUUCUUAUUUCAGAGUACCUUAUUUAUUCGGUUACCGGUAACCAGUUAUCGCUAAUAAAUUUUUAUAAAUGAAAACUGUGUUGGUUUUUAGUCUUAAAUUAUUGGUACCAAUUUUAAAAUACUAAUUUCAAGCGCCAAACAAAACCAAAUAGAAAGAGAAUAUAAGACCCAAAAACCUCGAAAUUUCAAAUGGCUAUAAAUAGUUCAAAAAUUUAAAAAUUGUACCACUUCUUGAAAGUUUUUUUAACUUUGUAAAUCUUUAUCUAUUUAUAUUAUUUAUGUAUAAUAGUCUAGGGUUUAAUUUAAUAAUUAUUUAAGUGCGUACUUAACAAAUAAAAAAAAAACAGAAUUUAAUUUUGUAUGAUGUUGUAGUUAAAUUAUUGUUUAACGCCAUUAUGGUUAAAUAACGUGCUUUUAAAAUAACAAAAUUCUCUGUCGUUUAAUAAAUAUAAAAUAUAAAAUAAAUACAUUAUUUUUUCUAAUUAAAUUUAAGUACGCUGGUUUGAAAUUAUUAUAAAGUAUAUAAUCACAGUAGACAUAAUUAUUUAUGUAAAUUAUAAUACAUUUAAAUAAAUAAAAUAGAAUGGAAUAGUUAUUUCAGAAUAUUACUAACAAAAAUCUCUCUCUAUAUAUAUAUGUAUAAUUCUUGUUUAAGUUAGUUACGAACACGCUUUGAAAGAAUAAUUUUGUUUUUUUUAUGAAAUAUUCCAUAAAAGAUUUAUUUCGAUUUUAUUAUAUUUUUGAAUUAAACAGCGUCAUUAUUGUAUACAUAAUAUAUAUAUAUAUAUAUGAAUAUCUUUAUUUAAUAUUAGAUCUUAGCGUAUGAAAAAAAUAUACGAAAAUAAAGAAUAUUUUCAUAUCUUCUAAUGCAAAUCAUUAUAACAAUAUAAUGCAUAUGACAGAUGAAGGUGAUUCUGUUAUCUUGAUUUCCAUUAUUAUGAUCAAUAUAUUAAGGUGCAUUAUUCUGGCACCCGUACUUUAAAACCAAAAUACAUUGAAUAAUGUCAAAAACGUCAGAACAAUUUAUUUUUUUUCGAAUUUGAGUGUUGAAAAUAGAUUAGGGGAAAUUAAAAAUUAUUAAUACUCGUGUAUUCUAACGUCCAAAGAAUACAGAUAAACAUUUGGAAAUAAUGUUAAAAUUAAGUCAAAAAAACUAAAAAAAAAAAAAAACAGAAAUCAAAUUUACUUAAAAUCGCCGGGUCAUGAUAAAAUAAUCACCAUGUAAGUGCUAUUUUUACUUAUUUUUUGAUAUAAAUUUAGUAAGUAAUAAUAUAAUAUUAAGUGAACCAUGAAUUCGUGUGAAAGGUGCAUACAUUUUCCCAACAGGAUAAUAUGAUAAAUAAUGUUAAUAUUAUAUAGUGUGUUUUUUUAUUAAGGAGAUUGGAGACACUUUUGAAAAUGUUCUUUUAUCUUUAAAAAUUAAAAAAGACUUUUUCACUUAUUUUUCACUUAUCUACUGUCUGAUAUCUAUUCAAUAAGGAUAAUGGGUUACGACUGUUUUUACGGACGAACAUGACUACAAAAAUGUAGCUUUGACGGAUUUUAGUUUUUUGUAAAAUGAUUUUGAUUGAUUAACAAUAAGUAUAUUUGAUUUUGGAUGAAAACAAUUUUAAAUAUUUUUUUUUUUCAGCUGUGAUAUCGAUGAAAAAAUAUAUGGUAUUUGUCUACUUUAUAUUUCUCAUCAUAACACCUAACAUUUUUGGAAUAUUUAAAAUUGCCUUCAUUAAAACCUAGUAAACUUUUGUUAGUCAGUUAAGAUUGGUUUUCUAAGUUAAAAUCCGUCGAAUUUAAAUCCUACAGUUUUAUAGAUUAGGUUAGGUUUUGAAGCUUUUCAGUUUUAAUACCACUUUUUUUUUCAACGAUAACAAUCCCUUUAAUAUUUUUAAACUAUAAUUCAAUGGGGGUUUUUUUUAAAAUUAUUACUGUAAAAAUUUAAAAAAAAAUGUUUUUGUUAAAUAUACAUAGUUGAUAUUCAAUAUAUUAUUAUAAUACAUGUACAUAUAUAAAAAAAAAUAAUAAUAAUAACUGAAAAAAUAAAAUAAAUAAGAAUUCGAUAUGGUAAAUAAUAAUUGUUGUUGAAUAAUAAAUAAAUGUAUAAUGACAUUAUUUUGAAUUAAAUUUAUUAAUUCAUUUUUCAUACUCCUGUAUAUUAAGUUUUUAUAAGCUGCAUAAUAUACGUUUCUAUAUAAUGCAUUAAUCAAAUUGAAAUUUUCUAAAAGAAAAAAUGCAUUUCCGUAGGUACCUACAAACAAAUAUAUUUUAAUAUGCGUGUUGAAUAUUAAACCUAUUUAUUUAUAUUGUAUAGGCUACAGUAGUUUGUUAAUACAUAAAUUAAAUUGUGUUACCUUAAAGUUUAAAGGAGAUGAUAAAAUAUAAUGUAGGAAGUUUUAAAUCACAUUUAGGAUCGACCCACAUACAUAAAGUUGUCCAUGGGGCUUACAUAUUUGUUGGGAAUAUUAGGCAGUGUAUGUAAAGUAUAAAAUUGUAAUAUAAGAAACAAAAUUUUAAAAUAUAUACAAUAAUUAGGUUAUCGUUAAGGCUAGAAUUUCUCAAUUUACUUCAAAAGCUGGAUGUGCGUUGCUUGUUUUAAAUUCUGAGCACAGCGAGAAAUGUAUUGUAGUUUUAUAAUGAUUUGUGCUUUUUUUUUUGUCUGUUAAUAACUUUUUUGUCUAAAAUAUUACUCCAAUUUUUGAGUAUCACAUCUUUUGUGAAAGUAAUUUGUAUUAGAUAUUAUAGAUACCAUUGUAUCUAUAAUUAGUAGGAUAAUAAUUUUAAUCUGAGCAUAUUAUAAAUUAAAAAUAAACGGACAUAAUUUGCACGAUGGGUAGGCUACUGUUGUAGGUGGGAAGUUGGGAAGGUAAAGUGGAAAUUUAAAGUAUAUCUGUACGCAACGACUAAUCAUUGCUAACAAAAAACGAUUCUGAGCGGAGUUUGGUUAUAAAUGUUUUAAAAAGUCGUAACAUUUACGAUUUAAAAAUAAUAAAUUUCGUAAAUUUCCAUUUUUCCUGCGUUUUCCUUAGAUUUUCACAUUUAUUUUGAAAUUCUGUAGGGAAAUUAAAAAUGACCUCUAUAAAGUAUCACCCUAGUCAAAUAUCCUUUCAGGGACAGUGCUAUACUUGAAAGUCGGUGCAAAAUUUCUGACGGAAAAGUUGUUCACAGAAAAAAAAAACAUUGUUAAACCAAAACUUUUCUCGCUCCGCUAAGAAUCUGAAAUGUAAUACUUUGGUGUAUAUUAAAUACUAAAUCUUGAUUAUAAUAAAGGGUGGCGGUAGGCAUAAGCCACACUGGCCUAUGUCUGGGGUGGCACUAUGUAAGAGGCGGCAUUUUCUUUGUGUUAGUAGGACUGUAUUUAGGAUGUAUUGGUUCCUAGAACCAGCCUAAAAACUGAAAACCUGUUUUAAAAUACCGAUGAGCAAAAAAAAAAAAAAUGUUAAUGCUAUAUAGUUAAAAUGUUUAAAAUAAUAACUGAUAUCCGGCGAUAAACUAAAUGUAGUCUUGGUUUAAACGGUGUACGUAUAAGUACAAUACACUGAAAUUUAAUUUAUUAUUAAGGGGAUUGGAAGCGACGAGUUUCUGUCUUUGUCUUAAACACAUGAGAUAUAGAGAUUUAGACGUUUUUUAUUUUCAACUUACUGAUUAAUGUAGUGAAGCGAUACGUAUUCUGAUAGCAAAUUUCAAUUUGUCGUUAAGUCUACUUGAGGUUGACUUCCCACUUUUUAAAUUCAUUUCCUUAAAUUCUAGAAAAUAGCCAUACUAAUAAAUUGUAAUUGAAAAAGUGGAAUAUUUAAAUUAUUUGAGAAAUUAUAAUCAAAAAUUAAAAUAUCUGUACACCUAUAUACAUAUUUAUAUAUACUCUAUAUCUCACAUGUGUAAGACAUAGACUCGUUACUUCCAAUCCCUUUAAUAUAACGUAUAUUAAUGUAUACAAACAUCAACUACGUAGGUAGGUUUAUUUUUAAUCCAAAACUUUUCUAAUUUUAAAAAUAUGUUAUACGUGCUAUAUUUACUGUAGGGUAUGGGAACGUCAACAGUAGUUGAUCCUUAAUUACUAAAUUUAGAUUAUUACAUUACAUUUGGUUUUUGUAUUGAUAAUUUUUAUGGAUGAUAAUAUUUACUUGUGGAUUUGUAGCAACCGUCUAUAUUCUAUAAUAAUUAAUUUCAAUAAUAGUAUUAUUUGUUCUUCAUCAAUCGUUCUUUCGUAGGAUAUAUUCAUGAUAUUAUUAUUUAUUAUACUUUAAUUUAUUGAAUUAUAAAAAUUAAACAAAGUUUAAAAGUUAAAAAAAAAUUAAAAAUUUUUCAAACAGCACUGAUUUUUUACGAACAUUAUUAAAAUUAUAUUAUAUGGUUAAGUAGUAAAUAGAGAGAUGCAAAACAAAAGGGCUGUAAAUUUGGAUUUUGCCUAUUUAUAUAUUCUGUCUAGAGCCGGCCCUGAUCAUAAUCGUUGUAACAAUAGCUAAAUAUCACUAAGUCACUCACUCACUCAGUCACUUCCUUAUAUAUAAUAUAUUAUUAGUAUAGGUAAUGCAGAUGUGUAAUCAAAAAUGUAUUUUGGAAAUUCGAUCCCUAGAGGGAGUUUCACGCAUAUAUCUAUGGUAAAUAACUUUACGAGUGGUAUCGAAAAGUAUAAAAGUAUAAUUCAUUUUAUUUUUGGAGAAAAUGUACCAAUGUUUUAUAAUAUGAUUUAUAUUUAAAGUGAAGUAUUGGUUAAUAUUUUUAUCUGUGUAAAACUUUGUUGAGAAAAAAAUUAUAGUACAGAAAAAUAUAUUAGGAAUAAUGNCUUUAUAGAUUUUUUUUUGUGGCAAUAUAAGGAAAAUAAAAUUAAGGAGGAAUGGAUGGUGGAUUUAAUAGUAGAUCGAUCGGAAAAUGUCGAUGGGAUAUCAAUUAAAGUACAGUAUUUUGUUUAACUCGUCCCAAAAAAUACACUUUUAUAUGACCACCUAUUAUGGAUUGUGUUGUCGAAAAAUUCGAUAUCGAAAUUUCGUUAUUAUUGUGUUCGCAUGACGUGUUGUUCAUAUGAUAUGUAUUCCUAUUCGCGUAUUAUUAGAUUAUUGAGUUGAAAUCGAACUCACAAAUUCCGUCGUUUGUUGUUUGUGUGACCGAGGCGAAGGAUUUAUUUAGAAACACACAAUCAACGGUUGUUAGGUACGAUAGUAUCAUACUUUUACUUACCUACGUUUAUAAAUGUCAAAUCGUAUUAUCCCGAAACUUCUUUUUCUUUACCAAUCUUCUAUUUUAUUUACAAUAAAAACACGUUGGACCAAAAAGGUUAGGGCUCAAGGUAUUUUAUUUGGUGUUUUAAGUAUUCUAUAUACUCUUCUUUCCUCCUCAAGUACACCCUAUAAAGAAUUUUUCUUUAAAAUAACUUUGUUAAAAAAAAAAAGGAACAAUAUUCAAAAGUAUAAAUAUAAUGUAUAUCCAGUGCUCGAAUUGGAAAAAUAAAAGAAGGAAUAACCAUUAAUAUUUAUUAUUUACACAUUAAUGGGUUUUGUUAUAUUUGAUUUGAUUUUUUUUUUGUUGUAAUUCAUUGAAAAAUAAUCGUAAAGACUGGAAAUUUCACUGAAUAAUUAUGUAGGUGUAUAGUCUUUUAUAUAUAGCUCUUUCUAGAGACGGUACAAUUUUCAAAAUAUUCUCGCAAUUUUUUAGAUAUUCAUAGCCAUUUGAAUUUGUUAGGAUUUGAUUUGGUUUUGUGUGAUUAAAAUUAUUUUGACGAAAAUGUUCGACUAUUAAAACCUUGUGUAAAAUUUUAAUUAUUAUGAGUUGCAACUUACAAUUAAUGGAAAAAAAAGUUCAACGUAAUACAUUAAUUAUUUUGUAAUCGCCUAACUUUAAAUUUUAAUUGAAAAUAAUUUUGAUGAAAAUGCAAAAUAUAGACCGGCCUAUACGUUCUCUUCAGACUAAUAGUAAAGGUAUUUUUAAGUUCCUGAACAAUUUGUUAGGGUUCUCCGUCUCUGUGCCUCUCCUCAAUUCGAGCACUGUGUACAUCUAAGGUUUGGAAUAACUAUUUUACUGAUUUUAAUUGUUAUUAACUGUUUCUAAUAAUUAAGCAUUAAAAAACAUUUAACUUAAUAGCGGCCGUUUUACUAAAAAUAGUUUUAAAUGUAGGAUAAAGCUAUAAUAAGGGUAUAUAAUUAAAUCAUUAUAGAAUUUUGUCUAAACUUAUACAGUUUGUCUAACAUUCACCUGGCACUUUGCCUGGUAAAACACAACGAUAUUUAAGUCAUCUCUGGUAGAGAAUAUCCAUUGAGAUAUUCCAUAGGAAAAUUCUAGUAUUUGUCUAUCCCAAAGUGUUUAAAAAAAAAAAAAAAAAAAAAAAAAAAAUAAGAAAUCUGUUAAAAAUAUAAUAUUGGGAAUUUUGAGAAAUGUUUCAAGUAAAACAAAUCCGCAUCUUUUACGGUAUCUGACAUGAAAGAAACCGGAGUAUUGUUUGUAUUAACCACAAAAGUGUUUUCAAAGAAAAUAAAACCAUAUUUAUACUAAGAAUACAUUUUUUAAGUAGCAUAAAAUUAUGAUAUCAUAUAAUAAUUGUAUGUAUUUCUUUUUUAUUCUACAUUUGUGAUAAAUAAAUAAUCUCUAAAUAUGUAUACAUUUUAAUUUGAUGAUUAAAUAAUAGUUAUUUAAAUAUUUAAGAUUCUAAGUGUAUUAUUUUUUUUUGUAUCCUGUUGUUUUAAAUUUUCGAUUCGAAAAAAUAAAGUGGUAGCUAUAUACCUACUUCGAUCCGCGUUAGAUAUUUGUUCUCGUUUCAGUUGUCUACUUAGACUGUUACUUUGCAUAAAUUGAUAAAUAAUAAUAGCAUCGCUUUAUAUUAUGUAUUUUUAAACUGUUUCUAUUAAAUUCGAGUUAUAUUAUUAUUGGUUAUGCAAAAUACAUCGUCUCUAUAUAUAAUAUGUAUAUAUUAUAUAGGUAGAAAGUUUCAAAGCUUUAAAUUCGUUAUCAUGGGAAUUUCAUUAUCCGCUUAAACAUACGUAACGAUUAAAAAUAAUAAUAUAAGACGGUCAAUUUUAAACCCUGAACGUAGUAAACAAUUUUAGACCAGAAAUCUCUUUCUCGGGUCAUCAAUAUCAAGGGUGGUUUCUGCAACGGAAUUUUAUCCGGCUGGCACAUUAAGAAAGUACAUUUUUGAUUUCCUUUAUAGUUUUCUUAAUAGCGGGGAAAAACUGGUAGUAAAUUUAAUUUGCGCUUUACCAUAAUGGUUUCUGUUGUUUUCGAUUUCGUUUACCCGUUGUAAGUCUGUUUUAAAAAUAAUCGCAGUGACUUGAAAUCGAAUUAAUAAUUAUAUAAGCACUUUCUAUAGACGUGGUACGAUUUUCAAAAUUGUCUGAUGUAUAUUAUUAUGUAAGUUUACCAUAUUUUCGUUAUCUUAAUCCCGGAAAUAUAUAUGCACUGAAAACGUACAGAAUGUAAAUAUACCUAUAUAUGCUAACAAAUGUAAUCAUUUUAGUUAAAUUUAUUUAGUUUAAAAAUGUAUAAUAUUGAUAAAAAAAUGAAUUAAAAAGUUGUAAAAUAUUUUCUUUAAAUUCAGAAAUUAUUAAAUAUAUUUACAAACAGACGGUUUUAUUUUUGAAAUCUUAAUAUAAAACACGAACACACAAACGCGAAGUACGGCCGUACAAAAUUUAACCAUUACUAGUUUUUCAUUAUCGAGGAUUAUUUUUGAGGACAUUUACGAUUCAUAUAUGUCCACGAUCGUAAAUUUCGUAAAUAAAUAAACAAAGAGACACAUUUGCCAUUUUUGAUAAUAAUAAUUCCGUUAUAAUAAUAACUCAACCACUUCAGUACCUAUAUUAACCAAAUUCUCCCAAAUUUUUUUCUCGAUUUAAUAUUUUUAUUACGUUAGUUAUUCGUUUCCGUCAAAUGUAUUUUUGUCCACCCGAAUAAAGUUACGUUUUCCCCCCAUGACAGUAUAAAUACAGACGUAGAAUUAUUAUUGUCCAAAUAAACUUUUUCCCGAGUACAGCUUUGUUUGCGGGCUCCCACGGCCAUAUAUCCGUUCGGUCGUUUCCCACGUCGGGAGUCGGAUCGAAAUUUAGCCCUAUAGAAUCGCUAUGAUAAUUUUAUAAUAUCGUACAAAAGCCGACCUCCCGACGCGUUAAUAUUUAUCCCGAAGGAAAAUCGUCCCGAACCGUAGGGGUACUAUACUUUCGUCCGAAAAAUUCGACGGAAAUCGGAGAAAAUUAAUAAUUUCCGGGAUAAUUUAUGUGGGCCACUCCCUUUCGCCGACGUGUGCGAGACCCGGUGAUAAAAUGUUAUAUUAUUAUUACAUCAUUGUUAUUAUACUCGCGCGCGCGGUAUAAUCUUUGCAGCGGCGGCGUCGGCGGCGGCGGUGGCGGCGGCGGCGGCGCGGACUUUUGCGACGCGGCGGCACACCUUUGCGCGCAUCGCACACAACCGGCCCCGGGCGGAGGGCUGUCGUCGUCGGCGGCUGCCGGGGCGGUAUAUAAGGGUGGCCGGCACUCGGACACUGUCAUUUGUACCGAAACCACGUAUCGGGGAAAACACACGCAGACACACGACGACGACGACUACUCCAGGGAGAUACGCGAUCGUUUUACCACGAUGAACCAUCUGUUGCUAAUCGUCGCCGUCCCCGCACUGGUGGCGGCCACCGUGUUCGCCGCCCGGGCCCAAGUACGUGACACAAUAAUUAUCGUCAAUAAAUAAUAGUAUUAUGAUAUGUUGCAGUAUUAUCGUGUUGUAUUGUGAUGCGACAAUUUAUUAUAGAUAAUACGUUUCGCCGUCGCCGUCGCGCGAAAACGGUGCGAAAAUGUCGAUUUUUUUUGCCGAAAAUUCCUAUAACGUUACGACACGCCGUUUUUCGCGAACAAGGCAUUUUUUAACGUAACGUUUUUUACAAUCGGUCACUUCAUUCGUGCGUACGACGAUUUAUACCGCAAUAUUUUAUUUUAGAGCUUGGUUUUUUUAUUUUUUUUUAUUUUUGCAAAGCGCGGUUUUUGUUUUUAGUCCCCGGUCGGUUUCCUCUGUCUCUCCGCGAGUUUAUUUCCCCAUAUCCCGCGCGGCUUAAACGAUUUAAUACGAUUAUCGUGCUCGCGGUCCAAUCAUCGUUGUUAACGUUUCAAAACGGGAUAUACCGCAAUCGUUUUUUAUUUCCAUAAACACAAAACGCAAUACGGGCCUGAAUGCCUGACUCGGCCGAAUAUUUUUCUCAGGCAUUCCUUUAAAGACACGGUAUUUCAGUUACCGUCUGUAUAAUAUGUAACGUGAGACCGUAUUAUUAUAAUAAUGUUGUAAUGUAAAAAAUGUCGUUUGAAUUCCGACAAACAGUCCACUCUCGAAAUAAUAGUAUUAUGUAUUAUAAUACAUUAAGUAGAUUUUCUAACUCUCAGCGGCUAUUCGAGUUCAGAACAUCUCAAGUACCUAUUAUAAUGGUAAUUCCGAAAAUCUCGGCGUUUGAUUUUCGUUAAAUGUGUAUUUAAUGUGUUUCAUUUAAAUUCCAUCACGGUAUCAAGCAGGUUUUCUAAAUCUUCCCAGUUUUUUUUUUAUAAUUUAAAUAUUAUUGUUUACCUUUGUAUAAUCGUCUUAAUUAUAUGACUUUUUUAAUUAUCUACUGCCGUUUUUACGAACUAACAUUUUGCAUACAUAAUUGAAUUUGUCUUUUAAUCUUCUAGGUUUCGAUAGUGACGGCUUUUGAUAAUCAACUUUAUUAUAAACACACCUAUUAAUAAUAAUAAAAUAAAAUAUACCUUCACGAUAAUUCCCAUUAUUAUUGUACACCUACCAAUGUAGAACAUUAAAUUUUUCGAUUAUCAUAAAUCACCUAGAUCAAAACCUAGAAAACUAGAAUACAAAAUUACCGAAAUUUAAAAUCCGCCAAGUCCAAACCUCACAUUUUGUCUAGCUAUUGGGUCGUUUUUUCGACCCCAUUAAAUCCUCUUUAAAAACAAUGUUUUUUUUGUUGAAAGGUUUUUCUCACCGGUAGUUUUUCUUUUAUUGAUCGACAAAAUAAAAGUAAAAAUAAUUAAAACAUAUAAUACAAGUAAGUGUGUACCUACUUGUUUAAAUAUUAAUAUAUAUUUAUCCCUUAGACACAAAAUAAAAAAAGGUCAGUCGAAUUUAAAUAUUCAUUUGGUUUUUUAAAAACGGUGAUUUUCAUCGGGAUUUUCAACUACAUGACCAAUGUUGUACUAUAAAUUGUAAUAUUCGAUGUGUUACAACGGUAAAUCAUUGUUAAUGAAAAAUGUUUCGGACUGAUGUUCGGAUGUACAUGUUUUAAAUGGCCGUGAUAUUUAGGAUUUUUGUCAAAAUUUGUUAGUAAAACUUAUUAAAAAAAAUACUACGUUGCACUCAAUUUAGUUAAUUUGACCACAAAUAAAUUUUUCUACAGAGAAUCUAUCAAAUAAAAUAUCGUAAAAUCAAAUGUUUAAAAAUAAUUUAAAAAUGGUUCGAAUGUUUUCAAAACUAUACCUACCACAUCUAGAAAAAGUAAACAUAAGUUUUCAGUCAAAAUUUAAAGUCUCCAUGAAUAUUUUUAACUGAAUUACAGCAAAAAAAAAAAAAAAAAAUAAAAAAAAAAUUGAAAAUAAUAAAAGUAUUAUUCAUUCUUCAUUUUUUUUUUGUUUUUGCUCAAUUGUUAAAAAAACUACUGAGAAAAUUAAAAAACCACUUAAUUAGUCACUAACUAGAUUAAAAAUUCAAUUAAACAGAUCUCUUGUUAUUUUUCUAUUGGAUCAAUAUUUAUGGUAGAAAAUCAACUAAACAUAGUUUGCAAAAAUUAAAAACAAUGAAAUCGGUAACGCCAAAGCGCGUCAUUAAAUUGAAAAUAAUAAAACAUUGUUUUCGUAAUUAAGUUAAUAAUCUCGUUAUCAAGAGGCUUAAAGGAAGUUAAUAAAUAAUAUUAACUGUUAGUCAAGUUAUAAGUUAAUUGAAAAAAAAAAAAUCUAAUUAAGUUAAUACGUUAAAAGGUGAUACCCUACUGGACCUGGUAGAAUGUAGUGGCGUAGCUGGACCUCAUUUAAGGGGAGAUAGUGGUUUAAGAAUUGUAAUAAACCACGAGAAUAAAUAAUAUUGUAUUUUAUUACCUAUAGGUUAUAGCCGUGAUUAAAACAUCACUACUAAAAAUGCCAAAUAGGGGAGGGGAUGAUCCACUCAUUGUCAAGUGAAAGAUAGUGGAUAUUCAUUAAAUAAUGGCCUGGUGGGACUCAUCUGAAAGUAUUUUAGUUUUAAUAUACGAAAAUAAAUAUUUCGUUAAAUAACUCGUGUAUAGGAUGUCUGGGGACGAAUAACGAAAUAUUAAAAAAAUCACGCGUUUCCGUUGUGAUUUGUGACUAAAGUACGGGUGUCAAAUAACAUAUUAUAACACACAUACUUAUAAUAUUACAUACAUAACACGUAAAGGGCUUUUAAAAUUUAAUAUUCGGGUUGUUUCGUAGGUAUAAUAUUAUGAGAAUUCGAGUAUCUAUAUAGCGUGUAUAAUAUUAUGCAGAUUCUACCUUUUCGCAGCCGUUUCGGACAUUUGUGUUCCACCAACAGAAUUUCAAAACAAACUAAAAUUAUUAAAAAUAGAUAUUUGAAAUAACACUGCAAUAAUUCUUUUUACUAGAAAGGCUAUAUAUUCAUGAAUUGUCGACUUCUCUAAGUCGGCGUGGUUAAAAUAUUUGCGUGUAAAAAAUAAUCUGUAUCUGAGAAUAACUACAAUCGUAUCAAGGGUAUAUUUACGGAGAUGGGGUAUUUUCUAUUCCCUAAAUUUUCGGAAAAUUGAGGUUUAAAUAAAAGUAGGGGGGUUUCUAAAAGGCUUUUAUAAAAGAAAAAAACCGCCAACUAUCCCCGAAAAAAAUCGCUGGAUAAUACGCGUCCGUGUCGGACUAUCGGAUAUAAAAUCGGAAAAUCGAGUUAUUUUUACAACAUGUUUUAUAAUAAUCAGGGAAGUAUUGGUAAAAAAAUGUCUUGCGUAUACGCCAUGUUUUUUUUACAAAUUAAUAACCGAAAAUAAUUGCAACAUAAAUUUUAAAACUUAGUCAAAAAAUGAUAACAAAAAUUAUAGUAUAAAACUCAACUUAAAUAGUAAAACUCCAUGAAUUUUUAAAUGAGCAUAUAGUUAGGUAUACAAUUAUUUUAUGGUUAUGAAUACUAUUUAGUUUAUUUUGUUUUCUCCAAUAAAUUCAUGUAUAUUUUAAUAAACAUUUCAACAUAUUUUUAGAUUAAUAGAAUUAAUAAUUAAAUUAAUAUCAUUGCAUAAUAUACCUAUUUUAUUAGUAAACAUUUGAAUUAACAAUUUUAUUAUGCUUUAAAACACUAAAAUUAUAAUUAGGUAUUAAUGUAGUAAAUUAAAAAUUAAAUCUUAAGUGUGCAAAAUAAUAUUAAACAAAUCUUUGAUGAUUCUUUUAAAAUAUAUUUUAAGUUUUAAAACAUAAUAAGAUAAAAAUAAACUAAAAUUUACUGUCAUGGUUUUAGCUACGUUAAUGAUAUUAUUAAGUUGUAACUACUAAUCAUUUAAUUGUAAUAAUUACCUUUUUCAUCAUUAAAGUGAAAAAAUAAGUUAUUUGUUGACGCUUAGAAGCGUCAUGUUUAACAUGAACUAAUAAAACAUAAUAUACAAUGUAUAUACAAGAUCAUAUAAUAUAUGAUCUUAUAUUAUAUUAAUUAUAUUAAUUAGAUUCUAUUAUAUCUUGUAUUAUAUUAUAAUAAAAUAAUACAUCGCAAGUACAAAUCACAAUUGAAAAAGGGCUAACACGUUGAAACAAUAUAAACAAGCCCGAAAUGUUUAAUAUCUAAAUUAAAUUUAUUCGUGACAGUAGUUAUUAACCAUAUUAUUUGAUAAAGAUAACAGGUGGUUUUUCAUGAAAGAAAUAACAAUAUAACAUUAUUAAGUAGGUAAAAAUUAAAAUAUAAUCAAUUAUAAUAAUCUAUUUUUAUCCACAUUUGAAUGACCGAUAUCAUUAACGAUAUGAUACAAUACGAUAUCAUUAAAGUAGGUAUAAUUUUUAAAAUAUGUUUAUAAACAUGUAAAUAUUUAAUUUUAGAAAAAAAAUAAAAUGGACUGAUACUGGGGAUGGGUGUGACCACUGUUAUAGGUGGAUAAUUGGAAAGGUGGAAUACAUAAAGUUAUUUAAUUUAUACCUGUAAGCAGCGUAGCGAGGGAACUAUUGGUUUUUUAAUGCUGUUUAUUUCUUCUUUUCUUCUUCUUUGUUUUUUGUUCUAGUCUGUGGAUAAGUUUUUUCUAGUAAAAUUACUCCAAUAUUUAUUUGUAGCAACUUUUAUGAAAGCUCAAGUUGUCUAGAUGAUACUUUAAAAACGUCAUUUUUUUGUUUUUGGACGAAAUUUUUUUAAUUAAAAGCACUUAAGUUGGAAAAAACCCAGGAAAAAGCACAAUUUCAUGAUUUUAUUAUUUUAUAAAAACACGGAUAACGUUUUCUACCAGAAAAAAAUGAUUUAAUCGAAAAAUCACAAGAUACUUUUUUUGUUGCCUUUUAAAUUUACUUUCUUACGAAUUUGUUGUCAAAACUUUUGAGCCCUUUUUGAGCAUUUAAGGAAUUUUAAAUUUUGGUAGGUAUUUUGCUGUAAUUCAGUUAUAAAUACACGUAGAAACUUGAAACUUGGUAAUAAUACUUAUAUUUACGUCCAAUGACCUCCUUAGACGUGGUAAAAUUCCCAAAAUCAUCGGACGCCUUUUUUUUAAAUAAGCGUUUUGAAAUCAAAUUUAAACGAAAAUUGCAAAAAACAAUUACGGCACUUCAAAAUAUAUGUAACCGAAUUUCGAUCCGAAUCGUUUUUCGUUUGCAAUGGUUUAUGGUUGGUUAUAGGUAUAUAUUAAAUAGCCUUAUGCAUCCCACAUUCCCAAUUAUCUAACCAUAACACUGACCGUACCCGUCACCAGUAUCACUUCAUUUUUUUAAUAUUAUAUUAAGUAAUACGUUUAAAUGGUUUUUUCGAUAAAUUAACUUUCUAAAGUACUUAUAUACCUAUACACCUACCAGUCAAUUAUACCUUUCGUUAAUAAAUCGCUGUACGGAACUUUUUAAGUUGUAUAAUCCGCGUUAAAAAGUGUUUAUUGAAACCCGCGUAUUGUUAUAAAAAUAGUCAUUAUUCGAUCUACGAACGAAAAACCAAAAAAUUAUUACCAAAAUAAAAUAAUCGUAAAAAGGAAAUGUGAUACAUAUUUACGAUUCUUAGUAGUUAAAUAUUCAAGAAUAAUUUUUUAAAUUUAAAAUACUUCGAUAAAAAAACUUUGGUUCAAUAUUUGUGAAUGGAAUUGUAAACUGAAAAACUUCAACUAACCUCAAACAGCGUAAAAUAUAAAAAAGUUGAUUAUUACAGAAUUUAAAAAUGUAUUACUCAUCGAUGUUAACCACAAAAAAUGCUUUAAACAAAAUGUUUUAAGAUUAUUUUUAUUAAUAUUAUAUUUUUAACUUAAAUAUUUAUUUUUUUUCUUUGAAAACUUAUUAUUCAAUUGAGGAUUUAGAAGAUUUUUUUUCAAGACAGCCGUCGAAAAAUGGCUACCUUAAAAAUCUUGUAAACAUACCCGAUUCUGCUACCUUCUAUCAACCCGUAUUACCAUAUUCCAAUAAUAUUCCUGGAAUCUGUGAAAUCCUUUUUAACGUAAGUCGUAAUUUAAUAAGAAAUACAUUUAAAUAAUAAAUUAGUUUCAUUCAAAAUCUUAAUAUACAUUAUAUAAAAAAUAUAUGUAAAGCUACGGCGCACAUUGCAUUAGGUUUGAAAAUUGAAUAAUUGUUUUUCUUAUGAUUAUAUAUCAAUUUUAUUUUAGAUUCUGAACGAAGCGAGGAAUGUAUUGGUUUUUCAAUGAUUAUUUUUUUUUACCAGAAAUCUUGCUCCUAUUUUCAAGUGUUAUACCUUCUCUGAAAGAUAAUUUUCAUCUGUGUGGUAUUCUAAAGAGUUAAAUUUUUUGAUUUUCUAAGGGGUUUCAUAAUAAAUGGAAUGAAACGUAGUAAAUUCAGUAAAUUUUUUGAAAUGUAUUAGUUUCAGUUUUAUUUUUUUUUGUGAUUCAGUUAAAAAUAUUUGUAGACUUAAAAUUUGACUAAAUUGUUGACUAAAUUUGACUUAAUAUAAGCUUAUAAUAAAAAAUGAGCUUAAGUAUUGUUAUACAUAUAUAUUAGUCGGGUAUAGCUCGGUAAACAAUCGUUUUACUGUUUUUAAGAAUAUUAAAUUUAAAUUAUAAUUUAUGAUGGUCGGUCAUAACUAAUAAUUUUAAAGUCUUAAAGGUCUUAAUUAAUUUUAUUAAUUUAUAAAAUACAUUAAUAAAUCCACAUUAGUCCCAGCCAAAACUUCACAUCUUUAAACUGAUAAAGCUGUUAAAGGUUAAUUUUUUAUAGUGAAUAUUUUUAAAAUUUACAAAUGAUUUAUAAAUCAAAUUUACUUAAUCACCUUGUGUGGUGUAUGAGUAUUAUCAGAAAUAAAAACAAACUGGGAUUUUAUGAUUGAAUAAUAAUCGAACUACGACGAUUUUUCUUUAAAUAUAUUUUAUCGAAUGGAUUCACUACGGAGAAUUUGUCGAUUAUACUGAGUUUCAAAAGUAAAAAAAAAGCACAACGCUUUCGUGGUCAUACCGCGGUGGUAAGUUACAACUUUUCUUAAUUAGUUGAGUUUAUUGUUAUGCAACAAUAAGUUAGUUAAUUAAAAUUGUGUGAAAAGUUCUAACCAAUUUUUAUGAAUCUGUUAAAAAAAUACGCGACUAAAGGCAAUUUUUACUGAUCGUAGGAAUUUGCUGUAGUUUUGGAUUAAAUAAAUAAAAAGGUCAAUAUUAUAUUUUUUAGCCGUAGUCAAUCAUUCGUAUUAAUUUAAAUGUUUGCAAAAUAUUAAACAACAAUUAAGGUUGUAAUUUAUUGGAAUUAAUCAUAUUAUAAUAUUUUAUUUCGUGAAACAUACGAUUAUUAUAUGGUAGGCAAAUCAUUUAAAAUAUACUCUUUUCUUAUAAUUUGUGUAUAAAAUGUGGAACAACAGACUUUAUUUUCAAUACGAAACGUAAAUAUUUCGUUAUUCUUUGUCUAAUAUUAAAAAAAAAAAAAAAAAAUCAUACGUCAUGUCAAUGCAUUGACACAUUCAUAAUAAUUUUUAAAAAAUUUUGCACCUUUUCAGUAGUUCGACAUUACGUUGUAAAAAUCAUAUAUUUUUUUUUUUCUUAAAUCGAUAGUGACAUGCAAUUAUUAUUAUAGAAAACCGUAAAGAAAAUGUACUUAUUUUAAAUUAGGUAACGAAAAGCAAACCUUAUAAUAUAAUUAUAUUAUAUUAUAGGCAUGCGCCUACUGAAUGUUAAUUUUGUACCGGGAAAUUAUUAAAUGGGACACACUUAUAAACAUAAAUCAUAAAAAUUCCUCAAGUACCAGCCUAAAAAAUUACAAAUAUACUCUCAAAGUAAUUUAAGGAAAUAGGAGUAGGACAAUGUGUAUGAAUCAAGGGCCUAGAUGAGAAGGGCCUACCGGACAAUUUUUCAGUACGGCGGAACAGUAUGCGUCUGGUUAUUCAACUAGAUAACAACUUAUAUUGGUAUAACUAAAACUACGCACGUAGGUAUAAAUUUUAUACUUUAUCGAAUCGAUUGGAAAAAUAAAAUACGAGGCGCAAAUGACGUGUGCAGCGGAAGGAUGAUUGGGGGUUGUAUCCCUCGCAUUAGCUUAAAAAUACAACAAACCAUAAGUGUUUGUUUAGUGAUUUUAUCUUGACAUUGUAUAUUUCAAUAAAAUUACAAGAAAAAAGCUUGAUUUAUUUUUUUAUUUUUGGAUUUGGCUUUUAAAUUCUCAUUGUCGGGUCAGGUAUAUGAGGAGAACAUGUCAAGAUUUGUUCAUGAAUUAAGAUUAUUGAUUAUCAUUAUUUACUAAAUCUUCUCCCGUUGGAAAUUGCUGGGUGCAUCACCGACGUUAUUUAUUUAAGUUCUUCAUUUCAGUUGCAGAAUGUGAAAUCAUAAAAUAAACCAGAGAUACCUAUGGAAUAUUAUAUUAUGUGCUUUUAAUUAACAGAACUCGCGGAAGGUUGAAAUAGAUAUAAUAUAAUAAUAAUCGUAUAAUCAUUCUGAGUGAUAUUAUUAUAAUAUUCACAUUGAGAGUCGUGGAUUCUUACCCUUUGAAACUUCCUUAAUAUAUAUUUGAAAAUAAUCUAAGAUGAAUAUAAUAUUAUAUGCUGCAUCUUUAAUCCAUCUUGAACGCAAGAGAACUUGACAGUUUCCAAGUUAUUCGGGCUGCACGUAUUGAUAAUGUAAUGCGAUAAUAAAUAAGUUAUAAAUAAUGAGACUGUAAGACAUAGGUAUAUAUGAAUGAAUACUUAUUACAAUGCAAUAUUAUUCGAAAACUUUCGUUUAAUAUAGUCUAUAGAAAUCCUAAAUAAAACGCGAAGUAAAAUUUUUCUUUAGAAAAUAUAUAUAGUUUAAAAGCUUUGUAAUUUAGGAACUUUAAUCAUCAGAGAUAACCGACAAGUUUCCGAAUCGUUUAAGUUCCCGAAUUUCCAGUCGUUAAUAUUUUAAGUACAGGUACCUAACAAAUAUCACAUUUUUCGAUUUUCUGAAACACUUCACAGUUUUAUACAGCAAAUAAGUAGGUUUAAUUUGGUUUUCUCAAAGAAUUGUAUGUAGUAUAUGUGUGAAACAGCGAAACCUUUGCAAAUGUUUAUCUACGUCAGUAAUUGAUCAAAGAACCGUUAAAAUAAAACUUUAGAUCCUGUAGAAUAUGGAACCUCUAAUAAUUAAUCGAAAAUGUUACUUUUAAACACAACUUGUAUAAUUAAAAUAGUUAAUUGAUUGACAUUUAAAUAUUAGCUCAUAAUUAGUUAGUUUUAUAUUAAUUUAACUAGGGUAUUUUUUUUAGUGAAUAUUCAUUCUAUGUUUACUCCCCUUCAUUAAAAAAAACCUUCACGAGUCGAUAAGACCAAACCUUUCAAAGUUUUGAACGUUUCCUAGUUACCCCUCCCUCCACAAAUGAGGGUAUUUCAUAUAUCAUUUUCUUACAAAAUAUACUAAUUAAAUCAUAUUAAAUAUAUUUGGUAGCGGACACACGCUAAGCGAAAUCUUUCACACAGAAAAUCUUCUUAAAAAAUGACCAAAAUACUAGUUUAAUUUGUAUUUGAAUAUUAUUCGGGUAAAUAUUUGUAACGUACUUUCUUUUUUUUUAGAUAUUGUUUUCGAUGUCAUAUGAAUACUUUUUAUAUGGUAGACAAUUAAUAUUAUCAUAGUAGGUAAAUAUGUUUAAUAAUACAUUUUUUUAAUGUCUAUACGCGACAGAUUUAACUAAAAUAAAGCGAAAAAUAAAACGAAAAAUUACCAUUUAUUUGUGCAUAAUUAUUAGAGUUCAUUAUACAAAACGUAUAUUGGUGACGGUAUUUUGUGCGGAAAGAUUCUUUAAUAAACGUCGGGUUGUUUGUCAGCGGGAACCUAAAUAUUUGUCGACCAAAACGAACGUGGGACGGUUCGAAUAUAUGUAGACGACCUAGGUGUAUUAUUAUUUCGACUCGUUCGACUAAAGAAACACGAUUUAAACGUUUUCCGCGCGUUCACAAAAGGCAAAUAGAAACUCAAUACAGAAACCAUAAUAUUAAAGUGUGUACGUUCCUAUACACAAUUGUUAUAAUUAUAACCUAUACUCAUAACAUAGUUAUUAUAGUCAAACGUAAUAUUAAAAGGUUUAGAAAUAGAAAUAAAUUACGGGUAAACUGACUAAAAUGAUUAAUCUGACGGGAUAGAUUACUUUCGGACAUGUAAUACAUAUUUACGAUAAAUAUAGGUAGGUACAGUUAUUAUAUUAUUGUUACUGUUAUAUUAUUAUACCUACUAUUAUAAUUUACAAACGUUUUACGUUACCAAACUAAUAAAUCAGUUUAUAGUACAUCUGCAGGGUGGGUUAAUGAAAACGUUGCAAACAAUUAACUCGAUAUAAUAUAUUUAUUGUGAUAUGUAUUUUCUGUCUGUGAACAAAUUUUAUAUCAGAAAUCCAGCUCUGAUCAUUAUGUAUAGAAUAUUUUCUAAAAGUAAAUUUUGUUUUAUUUAUGUAUGGAUGCGAUCGAUUUUCCUUGUAAUUAAGUUUUUUAUUAGUUAUUAUUUAUUUUUACACGGAUAAAAUUACUAUGGUCGUUGGUGCACGAAUAAAUUAUACAUUUGGUUUAUCAUGAAACUUGUAAACAGUGAUAAAAAGUUGAACGUUAUGUAGUAAUGUUUAUUUUUUUUCCAUAAUAUUUUAAAGUUCAAAUUGUAGAGGCAAUCGUAAAAAUAACGGUAUUUUAAAAUAUAUUUUAACAAACUUCUCUCAGAAUCAUUUUUCGUUAGCAAUGAUUUAUCGUUAUAUUAAUCAAUUAACCGCAUGUAUACUGUACCUUUCCAUCUUCCCACUUACAAAGUUGGCAUACUCUUCGGUAGUAUCGAUUUUUUUUUUUACAAUGUGACCGUUUUUCUUUCAUUUUUUUUUUGACUGAAGUAUUUUCAUUUUGAAACGAGAGAAUAUUUCAAUAUAUUAUAAUUGAUAAUGUAUGUAAAAUAAAAUAAGUAAAUAGGUAUAUACGCGUAUAAUUUAAAUUUAAAUUUAAAUAAGCAGAGUAUUUUUUAUUCUAACAAUAUAUAGAACCCCCAGACUGAAUUAUAUUUCUUAUAUUUCUAAUUUAAAAGACAUCUAUUUCGUCGGAAAUAUUGCUUUAUAUUUAAAUAAAUUGUGUACUUACAAUAUUUUGAUUUUCAUUUUGUGAUACUAUUUAGAUAAAUGUAUAAAUAGAAUCCGAUUCACUUAAUCUACACCAUAUCUUGCAGGAGUCGGUAGAAGUAAAUAAUUUCUAGUGAGAUUCACAGUAAAAGAAAUUUGAUACUGUGAUUACAACGUUUUUAUUUUGUUAUACUAUAAAAAAAAAAAAAACACUAAACUAAAACGCUUACAAUAAAUUUACAAUUCAUAAUUGUAACGCGUAAUAAAAAACGGAGAAUUAAUAAUAAAUAAGAGUGUGUUAAUAUUAUUUUAAUGAGUAAAAUUGCAAUAACAAAAUACUCGUAUAACUCAUAAACCUUAAUGAAAUCAAAAAUUAGUAUAAAAUGUUAAAAACCAAAUCUUUUUGUGAAUAAUAUCUCUGGUAAAAAAAAAAAAAUAUUUGAUAUUUUUAUACAUUUAUUAAUAUCAUGUUGCAAACGUAUUAUUAUUAUAAUUAUAUAUAUAAUUAAAUAUAAUUAUUUUAUUGAUGGAAAAUGAUGCACUCAAUAAAUGGUUUGUAGUCCAGUGGCUAUUUUUCCGGACUUCCGUAGUGGGCACGUGUAACUUAAAUUUUACAAAAAAAAUAAACAAAAAUGUGGUUUGCACGGAGCCUCGUGGCUUGCCUAUACGAGUAUAACACUGGUGGCAGGUGCACAUUUUAGAUUUCUUAGUACAUACAAACAUAUUGAUAUCUGGAUUGAACCGAAGUAAACUUAUUUCCAACAUUUUCUUGUCGAUUUUCACAUAACGACAUACGUUUCGUUUAUCAACAAACGUUCAACCUUUUUUACACUUUUCUCACUUAUUUCCAUUAUAUCUACUAUAAUUGUUACAUUUCAAUUUACCCCUUGAACGUGGUCAAAGAAAUUACAAAUGUCGAAUAGAUAUAUAAUAGUCGUACUUGUGUCAUUCAUUAAUUGGCAUUUUAACGAAUAUCAUAUUUUUAACAACUAUAGUGGACGAAACGGUCACAUUUUUUUUGAAGUGAAUUUACAACCAUACACAUAAUAAUGUUAUUACUAUAUAACAUAACCUUUAUGCACUUACGGAAUUCUAUGCACUUUUAAAUGUUUGAUGUCAUCAUAAUCCUUUGUAUUUUUAAGCGUACAAUUUGUUUGGUCCGUAGGUGAAAAUUUAUUAUCCACAAACCCUUUGACCAUGUGAGAUCAAAUACUUUAUAAAUAUUAUUAUUAUUGUGCGGGAUAACUGAAGCUUUGCAUAUUAUGUUCAGUAAUACCUAACACCAAUAAUAGCGCCGAACGGUUUUAAAAUUGUCGAAUCUUGUCAAAACCACGCAGCAGACCGAAAUAAUAUAUUAUUAUGUAUACUAUUUAAUAGUAUAUAAAAAUUGUAUGGUGCAUAAUUUGUUAUUUAACAAGUUACGAGAAUCUAAAAUUUACAUGUUAUAUUUAAAAUAUAUUGUAAUAUUACAACACCUAUACGAUUUUUGCAUGGUGAAAAUUAUUUUUAAUAAUAAUUCUCGACUAUACGGUUACUUAUUCCGUAGGUACCUAAUUAUGGCCAUUACGUUAUUUUAUCAUGUAAUAUAAUUUUGCAAUUUAUUUUUUAUUAAAUAUUUUAUGGUAAUUUUGAAAAUCGCGGCAAAAUAGAAAAAGUAGCCAACCAUUGGCUACUUUAGCAUUGAUUAGCUAUUAUUAAAUGAGAGUUCACAAGGUCUCUACACCAAUGACGAGCUAAUCGUUUAGGCGAGAUUCUGUGGAUGUUAUUAGAGUUACGAUCUGCAAUGAUGGGAUUUGGAUAGUUUGAUAAACGAUAUUGAAAUCGUUUAUAAAUGACGGAGGCAGUUUUAAAGUGUUUAUUUGUAGGUCAGAGUGUAAUGUAUAGUUGGAAACAUAAGGAGGAGCACCCGUUAUUAAGCGAAGAGUUAUCGAUUAAAAGGUUUGGAUUUUCUGCAGGUUUAAGGGUUUGGCAGCUCCUCAGAUUUAAAGAAGGAAAAAUGGGAAAAUGUACAAAAUGUAGGUAUUAGUAAAAAAAUAUUACGGCCUUUUUUUCCUGUUAACAACUUUUUUACCAACAAUUUUGCUCCGAUUUACAACAAUAGCAAUUUUUUUGAAAUAAAAUCUGAUUGGGGAGGUACUUUAGUGGGGUUAUUUUUUGAUUUUCUAAGGAGUUUUCAUAACAAAUGGGGAAAACCGAGAAAAAACGUAGGACAAACGGGGAAAGAGGUACAAUAUAAAUAAAUAUUAUUAAAGAAAAUGUUUAAUACAUAUGUAAUUAUUUCACCAUAAUCUUACUACGUUUACAUGAUACAAGUUAAACCGUUCUUAAUUUAAACUGAUUUUAUUAUGAGUUGACUUAAAUUGCCUGAUUUUUUUACGUAUUGGUCUUUAAUAUUAAAGUGAUAAGUAAUAAUUUAUAAAAACGAAAUCUGAAUAGUAUGUAUUAUGGUUUAUGUUAUCAUUUAUUAUAUAAUAAAAGUGAUUGUUCAAUUUACAUGUACAAAUGUACCGAUUUUAUUUAUAAUACUGAUUUAAUUUCGUUAAACCACAUAUUCGAGCUUCCUUAAAUUAAAACUGGUUUAUUUUAUUUAAGUUGCUUUAAAGCGUUUACAUGAUGUUUGAUUAAAUUACUUUAGUUUUAGAUUUUGAGUAGAAGCUUAUGGUUUUACAAAGUUGUUUUUUUUGUGGAAACUUUUCUACCAGCAAUUUUCCUCCAACUUUUAAUGAUAGCAAUUUUUUAAAAGGGAAAAAAAACAUGAGAAAACCGGAAAAAACGUAGGAAAACCGGAGAAAUCGAUACAACAAACAAAUAUUAUUAAAAAAAAAAUCUACAUUGUUUAAUUAUUUUACUAUAAUAUAGUAUGUAUAUUGUUGAUAAAGCAUCACUAUCAAUUGAACUUCGCUCAGAAUCGUUUUUUCGCUAACAAUGGUUUAUCGUUGUUUACAGAUGUACAUUAAAUUCCAGUCUAUAUCCUACUUUCCCAACUUCCCACCUACAUCAGUGGCUGCGCCCGUAUCCAUUAUUUUAUCUUUUUUUUAAACUGUCUUUAAUUGUACAUAUAAAUGGAGUAUAAGACAUAUAUAUUGUUGAUGAAGCAACACUAUUAACCGAAUUUGGCUCAGAGUCUCGGCUCGUUUUCGUUAGUUAUGCUUUAUCGUUGCAUACAGAUGUACAUUAAAUUUUCCCUUUACCUUCCCAACUUUUCACCUACAACAGUGGUUUACCCACGUGCGAUGUAUGUCAGUCUUUUUUAUUGCAUUCUGAAUACAAACCAAAUUUCUCUAUAUGCUACUAUUAAUUUGAAAAUUUUGUCACAUAAAAAUAAGGUCUCUGUCCAAAUUUUAAAUCACUGAAAAUAUUUUUAAUUGAAUCAUAACUAAAAACAAAAUUAAAAAUAAUAUAUUUAAUACAUUUUCCAGUUUUUCUACGUUUUUUUCUAUUUAUUAUGAAAGCCGCUUGUAAAAUCAAAAAAUUACUAUUAAGAUAAGUUGUUUACAGAUAAAAAAAAUAAAUAAACAUCAUUGUAAAACCAAUAUAUUCCUCACUUCACUCAGAAUCUAAUUACAGAAAUUACUCAAUGAGGAAAAAGUAAAGGAUAGGGCGAGGAUAAUAACUGAUUCAUUUUUCGGUACCUACGUAUAUGUUUUAUUGAAUAUGUAAAUUCAAUAUAUUAUUAUUAAAAUAGUCGCAGAUGAUGUUUAUUGUGGACAUUUCACCGUUAUUUAAAUAGUAUACGAAUUUAUGCAUACAGAGUGAAAACUAAGAGAUAUCGUUUGAAUAAAUCUAUUAUAUACUAACGAUAAACGAAUUACUGAUUUUUUUUUAUAUAAUUCAGGCUCAAAGAACAGCGCAAUGGUGAGCUUUUACUUUUGAAGCGACAAGUCUAAACAGUAUAUAAUAUAAUAGGGAUUUGCUGAAAUGUGCGAGUAUAUUAUAUACUUGCAUAAACUCCUACUAAACGCAGUUGUUCCCACAGAAAAUAAAAUAUAAUAGUUUUGUCAACGUGUUAUUUGUAUUGUUAGAAACAUCAUAGAAAAGAAAAAAAAACAUAUAAAACCAUAAACAGAAAUAAACUGUAAUAAAAAAAUAUAACGACAGUAAGAUAUAACAAUGUCGUUAUUUUAUUUGCUACCUAGUAAUAUAUAAGUAGAAGAUAUUAUGAAUCAAUAUUAUUUAUAAUAAACUAGCUACGAGUGAUGACAACCAAUUUCGGACUAUUGGUUUUCAUAUUAAAGUGCUUUGACCCAGUAGCGUAGCCAGCGGGUAGGUCUAGUAGUUUCGGGUCUACCCAUUUUUUUCCUUAAAAUUAAUAUUAUUUUAAAAUCAAAAAUUUGUGUUAGUAAUCUUUCCUAUUCAAACAUUUAUAUUACUUUAUCUGGCUUACCCAGAAAAAUAUUUCUAAUUACGUCUCUGCUUUGCCUUGAUAUACGAUGAAAUUUAUAUUUAAGAAAAUAUUAUAUAAGUAUUGUGUUUGUAAAUUAGCUUUAUUUCGUUGUUUUAAUUUUUAAGGGAAAUGUAAACAUUUUUAAAAUGUGAUAUUUCAGAUAAUAUUUCAUAUUUCGAUUAAAAAGUAAAAUAUUGAAAAACCCACGAACACACAGAGAGAAUGUUCUGAAUUCUUAAGUAAUAAAAUGUAUCAAAUUUCAAUAUUUUCAUCCAUUUGGAUCUUGGGUUUCUCAUUGUUGAAUACAUUUUCUAUACUUGAACACAAUAUUACAUAAAUAUAGAGUUCAAUGUCUGCAUUACGUUUAUAUUGUAUGUAUAAGUUAAAGGUUAAAGCAAAAUAAUAAUAAUAUAUUCUGGAAAAGUUUGAAAUGUUUAUGGUUAUUUGUUUAUGUGCUAAUAUUUCCAUAGUAAUUAACAAGUUUAUGUGUUAUAAUUUAUAGUCAAAUUAUUGUAAAUCGAAAUAUUAUAAUUUGCAGAGUUUCGUAAAACACGUUUUUGGUCGUUAAAAUUAAUAUACUUAUCUUACCUAACACCCAAAAGUUUUCAUUAUCAAUUCGAAAAAUAAAUCUUUGGAAAUAUAGUAAUAAUAAGGUUUUUAUAAUAAUUUUAUACGCAUAGUAAUUAAAUAAAAUAAAAAUGAUUUAUAGAUUCUACACUAAAAUAAAGGAAAAAGCCAAUUGUACUAAUUUAAGUCAUUUAUAAGAAAAUAAUUCAACGUGUUUCAUGUUUACCUAAUUUUAUAUAGUAAAUAAUAAAUGGGUAAUCUUUAUUAAACUUUAUUUGUAGAUAUGAAAAUUAUAGUUUUUCUUUUUCAUACACUGGGUUCAUAUAAUUGUUCGAUGUGGGUUCUAUUAUAAAUACUGUCGCAUAAAAUUGUUUUUUAACAUACACAGUAAUUUACUAAGCGUGCUCAGUGGUCACUCAAUUUGUUUGGUUAAAUUUUGCAUAUAUUCAAAUUCUGAUUUUUGGUAUUUUUAAGUGUACAAUUAAAGCCGAUAUUUUAGAAUACUUAUAAUAUUAUAACAUUUAAGGAGUAUCCAGUGGUAAUACAAACUUUGGUUUUUCAAAUGAAAACUUAUAUUAAAUAGGUGAAAUAUUACUUUAAUUAAAUAUUUGUGUUAACAUUUUUGAUAUCCGUCAACCCAUUGAUGAGGUAGCGGGAAAAUAGUGGAGCACUAAUAAAAUACUGUGAACCGUGUCACAACACAAAUGUCGGCUUUAACUACACUAAAAAAUUUAAAAAAAUCAAAAUUUGAAUACAAGUAUAUAUAAAAUUUAACCAAAAAAAAUGGGGUGAACACGUUUAGUGAAUCAUUCUGGAUAUAAGUACCUAUAUGUAUAAAAAAAAACUUUGAGAGUAUAAAAUAUUUCAUAGUGCCUAUAUAAUUAUGCGUGUAGUUAUACCCACGUUGAAUACAAUAUUAGGGACUUAGUGCAGUUUAAAUAAUCUGAAAACAUAAAAUGUUCAAGUAGGGAUUUUAUAAUAAUCAUAUUAUUGCGAUGUGUUGUAACGACGGUUUUUGUUCAGAGUUAGUGGCCCAAGAACCCAAAUGAAAGGAUUUUCAUACAUAUUAUUAUUAAUGUAUAAUAUUAGAAAAGUAUAAACAUAGCCGCAGUGACGGCAUGCGGAAAGAGAUUUAAACUUCCGAAGUCUUUUGAAUUUUUCCUUAAUACCGUGAAACUUUACGUAGGUAUCCAAUUUUGAAAAAUGACUCAACCCUCGAGUACUUAGUAAUAAUGUUCGAUAUUUUCUUUGGAAAUUAUUAUUCAAAUGAUUUUCAUCUGUGAAAUUAUAUUAUUCUACGUUGGAUGUAUUCGUUAUGACUGCCGCUGCACAUAUUUGUAUAAAAAUAUUAUCAUGUAGUAGGUAGGAGUUGGGUGUUUACACUGUGGGUUUAUUUUUAAGUGAACCAAAGUGUAUCUCGGGAAAUAUUCGUAACUUUUUUAUAUUUUAUAAAACUUUUAACAAUAUAUACCUAAUUCCAUAUUUUUCAUAAUUUAAAUUUGCCCGUAGGUUUAUCUCAUUUUUUUUUUUUAGAUUAUUUGAGACUUUUAGAUUUUUUAAUAAAAACUCCACAUUAUAUUAAUAUUUUAAGAUUUAAAUUAUCAAAGGAAUAUCGAGUUUUCAAAAAUAUUAAUAUACGCAUUAAAUUAAGUGCUAUAUAGAUUAAAAUACUUCUGAAAAUAAUUUUAUAGUGUGUAGGUGAAGAUGCUUUUCGUUUUACUUAGACGUAAAAACGUUUUUCUCGAAAAAUAUUUUUUUUUGCUUAGUAAAAUAAGUACCCCUGAUUACCGGCUUUUCCGGGUUCUUAACAGAUUUUUUUAAAACUUAAAAAAAAACUAACAGUAAAUGUUUCAUUGUUCGUUACAUUGGUUCUAUUUGUAUUGAUUUCUGGGUUACCUUAUUUUGACGUUAAUAAAAGGAAACAAGAAAAAUGUUAACAAGAAAAAACACGACUAUACGAGUUUACCAAGUUACACUUUGAAUCGUUAUUUUAUUUUAGUGAUUUAUUCGUUGUUUUUAGUACAUAAAUUAAAUUAUCCACCGUAUAUCUUACACGUUUUUAAUCUUUCCACCUACAUUAAUGGCCUGGUGCAAAGUAUAUCGGCUUUUUUAAAAAUUGUUACAUACUAUUAUAUUUAAGUAAUUUACUUGUUGUACCUAACAAAAAGAAACUUUUAACUAAAAAAAAAAACUAAAAAAAGAAAUUUUUAUUAAUAUAAAUAAAAUUAUUUAGUUUUAUUUUAGAUAAAUUUAUUUUUAUUAAUUAUCUUUGGUUUUAUAAAAGAAGACCUUAUGUCAAUUUUGUAUGGUUUUCAAAACAAGUAAAAUAAAUAUUUAAAAUACAUAUCAUGUAGUUUCUAUAAACUAAUACACGACAUACUCAAAUUUUUAAAAUACAAACAUUUAUGAAAUUUAGGCUAAAAAAUUAAAGGAACACAAUUUUAUACACCAAAAUAAUAAAAAAUAGCCAACAAUUACCUUAGGCUUUUUUUUCCUGGCACUGAAGGUAUAAUAUAUACCAACAACAUUCUGUGCAUAGUUCUAUUGAUAGUAGUAUAGUCUUAAGGGACUCGGUGCCAGUUUUCAAUUUAUUUUCCAUUUUUAUGAAAUUUGAACAUUAUUUUUAACAUUUUGAUAAUCACCAAAAACUAUCAUCUCUUUAGGGGUAAAAGAACCAAGAGACCAAGAGGUUGUUUUUACGAACAAAUAUGACUUCAAGGGAAUAUAGAUAACUCCUAAAUUACUACAAGUCAUAAUAUAAUCAGUUAAAUAUUAUUAUAGGAAUAUUUUUAAAAUAAUAAUUUGGAAUAUUGUACGCAUUAAAGUUGGAUUUUAAAUUAUGGCAUUAAAAACUUACAAUUUACUUUUUUUGAAGACAUACCAUCAAAUUUGAGAUUAAAAAAUAUUGGAAAACGAAUUUAAAUGCGGGCAUUGUAGGAAGUCUUCCUCUUUUCAAAAAAAUAAUUAUCGUCAAAAUUUGAUCAUUUCAAUUCGGAGGCAUGAGAGUUUUUCCGGUUUCUUAUAUAAAACAUGUUUUUGAGACAUAAAUAAUGUUGAUACCAAGCCCCUUAAAUGAAUGAAAUUCGAAUUCGGAACUAGUUAAAUCUUUUGUUAUACUUGUUCGUAUAGUUUUUGGGAAAUCGUUAAAAAAAGAAUACGGUUUAUUGUAUUUAAAAUGUUUUAACUUUAUUAUUCUGGGAAAAAUUAUGUAAAAAUUUAGAAACGGGUUAAGUGCUCUUUUAAUGAUUCCGGAACUCGAGUUUUAUAGCGGUAAAACGGUUUAAAUAUAUAGGGCAGAUACAAUAUUGCAUAUUGCAUAUUAUAGCAUUUCAGAUUACAAGAACUCACGUUUCAAUAAUGUAAAAUGCUUUCAUACGUCAUAAUAGUAUAUAUUGUUAUACAAGAACUGCAUGUUGAUUAUUUUUGAGCAUGAAACAAGUAUUUUAAUUAGGUAUAAAAGAAAACGGAUUACGUAAUAAUCGGAUUACUACGCAGUAGUACAGAUUCUACGUUAUACGUAGAUUUGUAGAUACAUAAUUUUAAUUUACAUAAUCAUAAUUUAAGACAUUUAUUUGUAAUUUUGAACAAGUGUAUACAUCAUGUAUUUCAGUUACUUCUUGUAUUAGUAACGUAUUAUUCUGAAAAUCCGCCUAGUAAUUUGUUUACAUUUCAUUUCCGUCUCACAAAAAUGAACUCUGGUGGCGUCAUAUGCGUUGAGUAUAUUAUUAUAGUCUCACACUAGAUUUUAUUAUGGCCAUUUUGAGCCAUAUAAACAAAAUUAUGGUUUUAAAUUAUUUACGAAAUCAGGAAGCAUUUUGACAUAUACUUUACAAUGUGAGUCCUAAAUCAUACUACGUGAUGUGUAAUUUAUAUUUCUGUCUUUUUAGAUAUCUUAUUUUUGGCAACAUAACUCGUAUGCAGUCGAAUAAAUAAUUCUAUACUGUGUAAGUCGGUCGUUCUUUGUUCGGAUUUGUAUGCGGGGGUAAUUUUUCUGUUUUGAAAUGUUGUAUUCGAAAAAACGUGUCAUAUAUUAUGUAUUUACAACACACUCGUUUUUUCGAUAUUAAAAUGUUGACCAUUUUUUUUUCAAGCUGAAAUCCGAGAUUAUUUCUUGAUUUUGAAAUUUUGUAAGUGCAUUAAUUUCUAAUUAAAAAGUUAGUCGUGGUUUCCCCGCUUUAAAAUCACUACAAAGAUGACAAUAAUACGAGUAAAAUGUAUACGUAUAAAAUUUGAGUCCUUAUUGCCAAUUGUGUGUAAAUUAAUUAUUCUUCCCCGCCUUCUAAAAAAAAUGUCGAAUCACUCGUUUCACUCGAGUCACUAGUGAGUUAUUAGUCAAGGGAAUAAUAAUUCUACCCGAAAUGUUUAAUAAUCCUAAAUUUAGCAUUUAACAAUAGUAUUGUUAAAUCGUUCAAUUAUUUUAUACGAAACUAAAUACAUCACCUGUAUUUCCUUUAUCACGUGCAUUGAUAUGUUAAUACCUAAGUAAUUGUAUUUGAUAGUUUAAUAGUCACAUAUCUUCCAUUUGAAUCAUUUUAACGUAAAUCAAAUUAAAUUAUACGCAAACAAGAGUCGACAAAAUACAUUUUGCAGUUGACGAAGAGCGAUGACGCGCUAUUGAUGAAUUAUUCAGAAGGUUAAUUAUGUCACAGCAUGAUAUUCGUAAUAAUAAUAUAUAAUAAUUAGUCGAUCUUCGUUAAGAAGUGGUCUAUUAAAUUAAUACAUUAUGUCGAUAAUAUAAUUUUAUUUAAACAAGAAUCGUCAAAAUUAGCUGACCUAAUGUUUACAUGUUAUUUGGUACUGACGGUGUAGUUGGUGUAUUAUAAUACGCAAAUUGAAAAGUUUCCAUCGCGUACGUAAAUAAUAAUAAAUUACUGUAUUAAUUUAAUUAAUAGGUUCAUGAACAAUAUACAAUAAACCGCUUUGAAUUGAUACUAUUGAAUUAAUUUUUAAUCGAUUUAAUUCGUAUUAUAAACGUUUCGUUUUUGAAUUUCUUGGAAUAUUGUUAUAGGAUUAAAAAUUGUCAGUAGGUAUGUUAAUAUUUCUCAGCGUGUGAACAUUAUAUUAUAUUCUCGUAUAGUAUUCGAAUUAUUAUUCAUUACGUGACAUUUAAUAUUUUCAAUAUUAUUGGAUUCCGGACUGAUGGCGGAGGUAAUUUUUAAUUCUCGACUCGAUGGAUUUCUUCAUGUUAAAAACUAAAAAAAAGCCCAAACGGAGUUAAUUUGCGAAUGAUUUCAAAUAUUAUACUAGUUAUGUAGUUAAAAUGUGUGUUUACGAGUGUGAAAUCGAACGAUUUUUUUUAAAAUGAAAAAUCGUUUCUUAUACCUACCUGUCUUCAGACAUAUUACGUGUAUAUAUAUAUAUCAUCUGCGAGAACGGACCAAGUGUUUUUCAUUAAAUUUGUUGUGCUGAACAAAUAUAUCCGUACAAUUUAUAUUAUUACGGAACACUACACUUUCCGAGAGCGAAAAGUAUAUUUUUCUUUUAGGUUUUAUGUAUUUAUUUUAUUUCUAAAUUUCAACUCGAAGGGUAUUAUUUUGUUCAAAAACACCACCAGCGUUGUGACGCUGUCUUAACUAUUAUAUUUUUGUAGGUAUACACAAUUGACCGAUGGUCAAAAUAUUAAAGUGAAUUAUUUAAUUGUAGGAUAAUCAGUUUUAUGAAAUAUUGUUUUUAUUUAUUUUUUAUUUUUUAUUAGUACCUACCUAUAUAUUUUUUUUCUUCUGAAAAGCACUUUUAAAAAGUGUUCCGAGAGUUUCAAAACUAUUAUUGUUUAAAGUAUCGUCCAUUGACUCCACAUUAAUUUUGACGUAACAGUGUUUCCUUAUAUAAGUCGAUAAAACAUAAAAUCAAUCACCGACCAAAACGACUACGAUGCUCGUUCGUAAUCGAUUAUAUUUUGUUAUUUCAUUAGGUAUGACAGCGAAAUUUGGAUAAUUGUAUAUUAUACAAUAAUACAAUCGCAUAAGAAGUGUUUACAGGUUUUUUUUUUAGCUUCUAUACGAAAUAAUAAGAAUCUUGAGAAGAAAAACGAGCUGCGGAUUUAGCGUAUAGGGCUUGAAAGUGAUUUAACUGACAUUGUUUAACUUAUGUAUUAGCUUUAUAAUUUCCUACGUUAACGCGAUAAUAUAUAGCUGUGUAAAUAUUCCUGGAAAUCGUGUUCUACCUAGUUGUUCAAUAUUGACCCGAGGAGCGUCUUUAUAAUUGCGUGCACAGUAGCUUGUUUUCAAUUAAUUCGGACCACGUUCUCUUAAUACCUACCUAUUAGGUGCCUAAAUUACGGGUUAUAUACACUAGUGGAAUACUAAAUGUAUAAUAUAAUUCGCAGUUGAGAAAACAGAUUGUAAAUCAGCAUAUUUAACGAUUUUCAUAUCUUAUAUUAUUAGCCUAUAAUUUUAGUUAAAAAUAAAUCCAUUCGAAAACGAUCAAUGAUUUAAAUGUAAAGUUUGAUAUUGCAGCAUGAUUAUUAUCAGUGUUGUAUAAAGAUAAUAUAUUUUAAUAUAUCUUGAUAAAGAUUAAUAAUCAGAAAUUUUAAUCUAAAUAAAAAAGAUUAUUUUAUUCAUUAACUAUCGUAAAAAUAAGUGUUAAAAGUAGUACAAGUGUACUAGAUUUGAUAGUUACAGUGAAUAUGGUAAAACUAUUGAUAGAAUAAGAAGCAAAUCCCCCCUAUCUAAAGUUUAUCACAAUUGACAUAAAUGCUGUUCAAUAAUAAAAAUUGUAUGAAUUUGAUUCUAAAAAUACUCUAAAACUGUUUACGGUGUUGUAUAUACCACUAGUUAUUUAAAAUCAUUGUCCACGUACCUAGGAAAUAACAAAAAUUAUACAGACGGUCACAUAAAAGUUCAAUACUGAAAAGAGUGAACUAUGUAACCGACCGUGGAAUUUCGUUGAUUACAACAUUCAACGGAAUACUUAAAAAUCUAGAAGAACAAAAUUAGGUAGUAUCUUUUGCAAGUAUUUGAACAUCACUAACAGAAGUAUCCAAACAAAAAUAAAUCGAUAAUAGACACUUGGAAUUUUGUAAGAUACAAAUCCUUGACUUAUUAUUUAAAUUAUACAUAUAUGUGUUACGUAAAAGUACGAAUACUGGUAAAACCUAGGAUAUGCAAACUAGUUAGGUUAAACCCUGAAUGAUUUUUGUAGUUUAGACUUUUAACAAUGAUAUUUAUUAAAUUAUAGGCUAAACAAAUAUUGGUGUUGGUAAAAUCCGUAAUUUCAUUUUUCUUUUCAACUUAUCGUGUGGUUUUUUUUUGGCCGUUGCGUUAUAUUCGUGUAUUAUACAAUUUAUAGUAUUACAAUAUUAUGCGUACAAUUUUUACUACACAAAUUAUUAUUUAUUUGUGCAGGUUUGCCAGGAUUUGCUAAAACUAAUGUUAUUAUAAUGUUUUAUAUUUCCUAUUAAACAAAUAACAUUCUAACAAUUCUAUAUUUAUAGUUAAUAAAUAUUAUAAAAUUGCGUACUUAAAGUAAUAAAUUCAAUCAUGAAAGUUGUAUUUUAAUUUUUUCAACAUUAUAUAGGCAUUACAAUUAAUAAUUAUUAGGUAUUUAUUGAUGUAAAACAACCGGUUAAAUUUUUAGUACUGUCUAAAAAAUGCUCUGAAUUGAAAAAAAAAACUUUUAGAUAGUUGGACUUUUUUGCGAUACACUAAAAUAGAUUUGUUAGAUGUGUUUUUAAACUUGUUGGAAUUUAAAUUAACUUUUUCAGUGGUUCUUUUAAAUUUUAUAUUAUUGUAGUGCAGAGUGUGUACCUGACACUACAUAUAUAAAGUGAAAUAUUUCUGAAACUUUCUAACAAAUUCUAAAAAUUGUCUAACAAUGUCUAAUAACUUUGAGUAGGGUUUAUUAGAGUAGUUUCGUAAAGUUGUGCUAUGUUUGUAGUGCCAGCUUCACGUAGGUGUUAAAGUACACAUCUAGAUUUCAAAAAGGCUGUAACCUAAUAAUUUAUUUAAUUAAUCAUAUUAAUAUAAAUUGAAUAUUUUACUUACUGUUUUUAUUAAAUACCUAUAUAAAUUGAAAUUUUUACAAUUUAUCGAGAUGAAUUAAUUACUAAUAAUUAUUUAUCUCAUAUAAUGGCUCGAGUAGUUACUGAUUUAUCUAUAUACGACAAAAGUUAAAAAUAUACUUAUAUAGAUUAAUUUAUUUAGAUAAAACACAACACUGAUGAUUAUGUCAUACACAUUUAUUAAUUUUUAUCAUAAUUUAAACAAAUAAAAUCUUGAACAAUAAAUGUAGGUAUAUGGUCUUUAUGGUAAUUUAAUGUAAUUAGUUUUAAUUAAAUUUAUAUAUGUGUAUAAUAUAAUUAUUGUAAUAUAGUUAUAAAACUAAUAAGUACAUAAGGGUUUUAAACCUUUGAAAUAAUAAAAAAAAAAAAGUUAUUUCCACUGAUGGUUAGAAAAAUAGUACCUAUAUAAAAUCCUAAAAGACGCAUUGAGGAGACGCUAUUGCGGUGGUUUUAUAAGGACUAUAUAGGCUUGGUCAUAGAAAAAUAUAAGGGCAUGGCGGGUGAUUUAUUGUGUUUAAUGUUUUCCAGUGUUAUUUCAAAUACGACAACUUGAAAAUAUAUUAACUGCUAUAGGAGACGUUUACGUCAUAACAAUCCACACCAAUUAACAUGAUGUGGGAAAGUGUAGUUUAUGAAGAUACACCGUCGUAUAGUAUAAACAAAAAGCGUGGGAAAUGAGUACGAGGAGAACAAAUUGAGAACUAUAUAUUAUUAUGUAUGUGUAUGUAUAAUAUGUUUGCGUUUCGGGUCACUCGGUACUUUUGUAAUACUCCGACGCACAGAUAUUCAUAUUUGUUUUAUCUUCUAAUGUUGUCUACAGUAAUAAGUGAUGAGAUUUUAAUCGAUUGCAGUGACUUAACAUUAUAAACGUAUUUAAAGUCUGUGCCAUAUAACGACUUUGAAACUGAUUCGAUACGAAUACAAAACAUAUCCAAAUCGUACUAUUUUACAUAUAGGAUGUCACACCGUGUUUUGCGGAUUUUUGUGUAUCAAUUAUAUUCAAUUUAUUUUAAUUUUGUUUUUAUCAAUGGAAUUUUCUUUCAGGAAGCCAUAUUAUAUUUAGAGAAAAAUUAAAACUUUUAUUACUACCCCUUGAUCACCAAACAUAAUACAUUUUUGAAAAUAAUAAUUUAAUUUGUCUCUACAUUACGUAUGCCUAUAAUAUGUAGCCCCUGACAUAAAAUCUAAUUUGGGAAAUAAAAUUUAUAAAACUGACUAUUAACAGAGGUAUAAAAACCCGAAGAAUACGAUUAUUUUUUUAGGGAUAACACUAACUAGUGUUCACGGGGUAUCUAUAGCCUGUAGGUACGUGGUAUUAUAUGCGUGUUACCACAUACAUAAAUUUAUAGUAUCAAAUAAAUCUGUGACAUCAAUAUUAAUUACAUACUUAGGAACACAGAUAGAUGAGAUUUGAGACCAAACACAAGAAAUUUCAAUACGAUUUGAAAUCAAUUAUUUUAUUAAUAAAUUUCAAUUAUCUUAUAUAAUUAUUAUAGGUCUAUGGUUUUAUACUCUUGUUGCAGUUUUUACCAAACUUUCGUUUUGGAUUCACAGUAACCAUAUAUCAACGUAAAAAUACAUAUAACAUAAUAAUACAAUUUGACAGACAAAUAUUUUAUUGGUUCAUUGUAAAGAGGAGAAACAAAUUAUUAGAUAUAAUAAAUAUCUCUUUUUAAAUUUCUUCUUCACACUUAUCCAAAAAGAAAAAAAAAAAAGAAGCUUUAUAACAGUAAAAUAUUUUUUUUCAAUAUUGCAUAGUAUUUUUAUCCGAAGUCAUUUAUAAGUCAUUUGUAGCUAUGUAUAGCAUUCAUAUAUUUUGUUUUCGUUUCGCAAUAAGUAAUUACGUAUUUACGUCUUGAAAUAAUUUCUAUUCGUUUUGCGAAAUGGACGAAAACAUUAAAUGGAUACGAUUAUUUUAUAUAACUCAUUAAAGAUAAUAUAUCAUUUUUCAAUAUUUAUUAUUUUAAAUUAAUUGUUUUAUUCUGUUUGUCUACAUAUUUUUUUCACGUAUAUAUUAUGAUAUCUUCAUAGAACUUUAGCUAUACAUAUAUACUUCCGAAAUUCUUAUUAUAAUAACUAUUAUCUCGAGUGCAGUAAUUGGACAAAUUCAAUUAAUUAAACUAAACAAAGCAUUUUAAAAUAAUAUAAUAUUAUAUCGUUAUCAACUCCAAAUGUUCUACAUUUGAAUAAAAAAUAAUAAUAUAGUCAUGUUCAUCAGACAAAAAAAAUGUAUAUUUUUUAAUUAAUGUCUACUUUUUAUUUUUAUAUUUCGUACACGAGAGACUCGCGACGGUCGAAAUGCUUUUUAUGUAUCUAUUGAUUGGUAUUAUAAUAACCCAUACUAAAAAUGUCAAAAUAACUAAUCGACCUGACUAAUGAAUAACUAAUCUGAUACCUACGUAGGUAGAUAAUUAUAUUAUUAACGAGCUGAUAUUUUUUGUCGAUACUGUUUAAUUAAAAUUACCAUGGACAACAACAUAAUGAGAAAUGCAGAUCUUAAAUAUACAUAUAAGUGAAAUUCUUUAAAUUAUUUAUUUCUCGCAUUCAAAUAUACUGAGUCAGAUUAUUUCAGUGACAACAAUGAACUACUAUAAUAAAUUGGGAUUCGAAAAUAGGUAUAAAAUAUAAAUCUUUAGUUGGAAAAUAACAUUAGUUAUACUUCGAAAACAUUUUAAUUGAAAAUUAUUGUAAUUAAUAAACAAUUUUAUUUUUCUCGUUUUCAAUUAUUUGAUUGGUUUUUUCGCAGAUCUUUGUUGAUCUCAUUUUUUCGUAAGUUAAUGCUCCUUUCAAAAAUUUUAACUAACCUUCGGCCAUCGUUGUCCUUAUCAAUGCUUAUCAUAAUUGGUUUCAUUUUUGUUUUGAACAUGGCCUUCGAGGAUCGCCUUUUAUAAGGCUUUUCGUCAAAAAAUUGUGACGCAUUAAAUGACCUUAUCAUUAAGUCCUUUCUGACUUUAAUAUUAUCCAAAACUUUUUGAUUUUCCUUAAGUCUGUUCAAUGCUUUCUGGUUUUUUUUUUACAUUUUAGAUUCUGAGUGGAGUGAAGAAUUUAUGGUUUUUGACUUAUGGUAAGCUAUGGUUUUACAAAGUUGUUAAUUUUUUUAUAAUUUUUUUUUAUCUGAGAUCUUGUUACAAUUUUAAAGUUUAGCACCUUUUCUGAAAGGUAAUUUUUCUAUUUUCUUAGGAGUUUUUCAUCAUAUGUGAAAACCGUAAAAAAACUGAGGAAAAACAGGAAAAUGUUCGAAAUAUAGAUAUAGAUAAUAGUUAAACAAUUUUACGGUCUCUGGAUCAAGUUUCUUGAAAAAUAAAUCGUUAUUUUGAGUAAUUUUUGUAAUAAUUGGUAAAAAACAGAAAAACACGGAAAAAGGAAACUGAAAAAUUUACAGCGUUAUACCUCCACGUAAUCCUUUUAUUUAAAAUUUGUUCCCUUUAUGUUUUCUAUCAGGCAUUUUAAAAAUAAGAAACCUUGUUUGUUAAAUUUUUAAUCUAGCUAGUACUCACGAUAGUUAUUUUUGAUUUUUCCAGAAUUUUUUUUAAUAACUGAGCAAAAUUGAAAAAAAAAAAACGUUGAAAAAACGAAAAUAAUGCUUUUAUUGUUUUCAAUUUUAUUAGUUUUUUUUUGGUGUAAUUCUGUUAAUAAUAUUUUAAAAAGACUUGAAAUUUUGACAGAAAACUUAUAUUUACUUUUUCUUGACGUGGCAAAAUUAUUUUUGUUUGGUAAGCACUUAGUGGAUUCAGUUUUUCAACCAAAGCGAAAUACUUGAACAUUUAAGAGGAGGUUAGUUACACGUUGUACUUACUGGUUUAAAAGUUUUAAAAUCAAAUUUUGACGAAGAUCGUAAAUAUUACGGCCUUUAAAGACACGUAUAAUCGAAUUUCGCUUCGAAUCGUUUUCGUUAUCGUUGAUUAUAUAGUUAUACAUUAAAUUACUCUAUAUAUCUUACUUUAUCCACUUCCCACUUACAAUAAUAGCACACCCAGUGUCUAGGGGGAGGGGUAUUCAAGAAUUAAGAGUUAUAGUUAUAUUUUUUUUGCCUGUUGAAAUGUGUUUAUUAAUUCUACGUUAAUUUUAAAACAUAUUACAAUGUAUCAAAACUAAAUAUAUUAUACGAGUAUUAUAUCAGGUAGUAAAGUUAAUAAUUAAUAUUAUGCCUGAAUUAAAUAAAUAUUAAAAUAUAGUGAAUUUUGUAUUCUGUGUUUGAUAAAAGAGCGCCAGUUCAAUGUUUUGGCCCGGGUUGAAAAAAUAUGUAAGAUCCGGCACUGUGCAAACCCGUCUCGAUUAUUAGCUCUUUUUAGUAAAAUGUAUAACAUCCGUAAAAACGAAUAUCUAUUUAAAUUAAAUACUUUUUCUAAACACUUGUAUAUGAUAAUUGAUUAAUUAUUCUCGCAAUACGAUAAUGAAAGACGCGUAUUGAUAAAUUAAACCAUAAAUGUAAUUGCUUUUUAAUCGAAUGAAGUGGAAGGAACAAAUGAACAAAAUAGGAUAAAUAUUUGUGUCUGAAUGAUACAGGAUGCCAGUAUUUUCAGGUUUUUGUUUACGUGUCCCUUGAGGAUUCCGCCUAACGUUUCAAUACGUUAGCAACGAGAUAAAAAGAAAAUCGAACAGUGUAUUAUGUGGGAGUUUGCAACAUGUUUUUCAAUUGACACUAUUAUACUGCUGUGUUUGAGUUUUUUGUGUCUUGAUUAAAUUGAUAAUUGUUUUUAUUAGAACAAAACGUAUGCACUUAACAAUUGUUUUAAUUUAUUUCACGAAUUUCGUAACGAUCCGUUCGGUACCUAUAGUAAAUAUUUAAUGUUUUAAUCAUUACCUUAUACGGGUUAGUUUGCGCAAAAUAUAAAAUUGUAUUUUCUAUCUAGUCAGAAAUUCGUCAAAAGUAAAAAGUAUACUGAAAUAAAAUUAUCGUUUUUAAGUUUGAAAAUUUUAAUUGCGUUUUUUUAUAUAGUAAGUUCUUCCGGUUUAUAUUUUAUAUAUAUAAAAAAAAAUCAAUAAUAUAUCCUCAUGUACCCUUUUUAGAAAAUUAGACAUUAUUUAUCAUCUAUCAUAAUAUAUUGUACACAAACAGGGAGUCAAGCGUAUAAUUUUCAUAAGAAUCGCUUAAAAUCGUUUCAAAUAACCUCGUAGUUGAUAUAAGAAUACGGUUUCAUCACGAAAUUUUUGCUUUUUUAUAAAACACCUAUUCCAGAUAAAUUAUAAAAUAAUGUUUAGAAACAAAGUGAUGUCCGUAUAUUUUCCGAACUAUUAUAAAUACCAAAGUUAUGGACUUAUGGUUAUUAAAAUUAACGAACUGACACAAUGGCGUAUCAUAUUAUAUUGUAGACGAUUUUAUUAUAUUAUAUUUUAUCAACUUCAGAAUAAUUUUAUUUUUAAAUCGAUCAAAAUAAUUAUGAAACUUAAUAUGGUUAAACAAGUACAGUUAUAUAUAUCAGGGGUGGCUAAAACGAGGCUCGCGAGCCACAUACCGCUCUUAAAUCAGUUUCGUGUGGCUCUUGAACCAGGCUUAGACUAAAAUGAAUAGAUAAAUAAUUCCGUUAGAAUCGUUAGAUAGUGUUUUAUAUAUCAUUGCGUAUCGCAGUUUUAUUAGUUUUAUAUGGUUUAUUAAAAAAAAAUUUGGAAAAUAAAACACUUAUCUCAACUCUAUUGGCAGUGUUCAGAUAUGUUAUGUUGAUACAAGUUUUUAAUAUUAGUGGUUCUAUCAUUUUCGUAAUUUACAGUGUAACUAACAAAAAAUAUUACUGAAUAAAAUAUUUUUAGAAACUUUUGUUUUAUUAAUAUCGAUAAUAUAAUUUUCUCAAAUUUUAAGGCAUUAAAAAUGACUAUUGUGUACACUUUUUUUUACUGCAUUAUUGUUUCAUUAUAAGAUACAUUGAAUUUUAGGACAUUUAUACAUCUAAAAAAUAGUACAUUUUUUUUUAAAUUUAAGUAUAAUUUUGUUUAACCGACUAUAAAAUAUUAGGUAAGUACUUAUCAUUUUGUUAAAUAGCCAACGAUAUUAUUAUAUUUGUUUGGUUUAAAGCAUUACGGCAUUAAAUAUUAAAACGAACAAAAAAAAAAAAAAACGUGUUUUUUCAUCUUUUGUAAUUUAUUAUUACAGUGCGUAUAAUUAAUAUUUAUACGGUUUUUAUUAUUCAUCCGGCUAAAAAAUAAAAUCCACCGUCGUUUUAUUUGUAUAUUAAUUUUUGCGUAUGAAAUGUUAAUUUUUUAAUCGUCGUUUUUACAGUUUUUAUAGUCGAUCAUUUAUGCAGUAUGAAUCUAAUAUCUUUCUUCAAAAAAAAAAAAAAGAGAAUCAUUGCUUAUGAAAUAUAGUUUUGAGUGAACUUCAAUUAAAUAAAUUUAAAAAAGUAAUUUUUACAAUUUUUGUUAAAAUUUGAAUUUCUUUCCUUGUUUUUCUAAUUAUUAAAAAAAAAAUAAAGAAAAUUAAAAACCGAUAUUUUCAUGUACCACUUUGAUCUGAAAAAGCUUGGACUGGAGAAUUAUUUCUAAUAGAAAAGUUGUUUAUAGACAGAAAACAUUUAAAAAAAAGUACACUACCAAUAUUACAAUGAAUUAUUGUAGUAAAAUCAUUAUAUUCCAUGUUAUGAUCAUCUUUUAAAGUAAAUAUUACUUCAGAUGUUACAGCGUAUCUCACCAUGUUCGACGGAUUUUCCUUGCGCUGUUAAUACAUUUUUUUCGAUUUUUUUUAAUCUGUUUGUCCCUGAAAAAAAGAAACAUCGAUUUGGGAAAAAAUUUAAUUUUUAUUUUUAUCCUCUAAAGACAAAAAUAAAAAAAUAACUAUUUAUUCACUUUAGAAAAUUUUAAAAAUAACCAUUUUGUAAAAAAUAUCAUACAAACAAUUUUUAUAUAUCACAAUUUCAUAUUCAAUAAUUUUUUAGUUAUAACCGUUUUCACGCCUAUUUUAAAAAAAAUUAAAACAGCUAUAAUUGAGAAACUAUUAAUCUGAUAUAAAUGUAUGAUACAUUCAAAUAUUAAAAUUUUUAGAAUAAUAUUUUUUUUACAAAAUGGCAUUUUUGAACAUUUUCUUAAGUAAAUAAAUAAAAAGUUAUUUCAUUUUUUUAUUAAUUUUUCUUCAAAUUGAUGUCCUUCUCGAAGAAAAAUCAAACAAAUGUAAUAUUAAUAAGGCUAGGAAAAUCCAUCGAAUACUGUGGGACACAUUGUAUUUCAAGUAAAUAUUUAAAAUACACGACGAGAUAGAUGCUUCUUUUUUAUUCUGACUAUAUAUGAGAAAGUAUUUAUAGUUUUACAAAGUGUUUGCUUUUUUAUCUUUGGAAAAAUGUUUCAAAUUAUUCACAUUGUAUCUUAAGAUAUUGGUUUUACACUAUUGCAAUAUUUUUUUUUUUGUCUAAAAUAAUUAAUAGAUCUUAAACAAUUUUCUAAACAAACUUUUAAAAAUCUGACAAAAAAUUUCAAUAGGUACAUUGGUUUUCUUUGUGUUAAUUUUUAGGUUAUAAGAGAAACAUAUUGCUAUUACUAUAAACCUAUGAAGCCUACAAGUUUAUCAAGUUCAAGUGAGAACCAUUAUUUUUUUUAUUUUUGUUUUUAUUUAACUCAUCGUUUCUUCCAGUUAAAUUAUUCUGUAUCUAAUACCUUCCAAACUUCCCAUAUACAACAGUGGCGUAAAACAGGGAGUAAAAAUAUUUUCGAUAACGUUUUGUAAAACGUAAAACGAAAAAUAUCGAAAACGCUAAACGGAAAAAAAUAUGAAACGUUCUUGUAUACAAUGAAAAACUAAAUUUUUCUACACGUUUUUACUCUCUGGUGCAAAGUAUGUUCGGAUAUUUUUCGAUUAAACACGUUGAUCUUUUGGUAUAAAAAUAUUUUUAGGAACGAAAUUGUUAAGAAUUUACAACGAUGAAAUAUUUCCGUCAAUUUUAGCUACUAACGUAGAGCUAUAAAAUCUUGUUUACCUAUUCGAAUUGUUAAAUUAAUUUUUAAAGUAUAAAAAAUGGAACGCAUCAUUAUUAUUAACCCUGUGGCUAUUUCUAGAGAUUUGAAAAGUGAUUCGCAAGUGUUAUUAUCCUAGUAAAAAUAAAUUAAUUUGUCAAAUUAAAGCCCUCGACGACAAGCCACCACGGGGAACUAUUUGCCACCUUUGUUAAAUUGUUUCAAAAGGGCAAGGUCGCUUUAAAACAGAAUUUAAAAUGGCUCACAACUAAUACUUUGUACUAUUUUGUCUUUCCGUAUUGACUUUUUUUAAAUUUAGGAACCACAUUUUGUGGACUGCGGGUGAAGUGAGAAAUGUAUUGGUUUUAUUUUAAAGAAAGUGCUACAAUAUGCUAAAUUUUAUUUCUUGAACACUAAAUAUGACUUAUAAUAAAUAUCGUGUAAAAAUGUUAAGUGUUUCUGAUCGGCCAUUUGAAAAUAAAAACAUAGUAGUGGUUUUACCCUCAAAAAUAAGGAUGACAAAAUAUAAUAUAAAUAUAAAAUUUUAGAGUAGCUUGUUUCUUAAAUGUUCUAGAAAACAAAUUCCGGAAAAAGUUAAUACUUUCCGAGAUAAUGAGUGUACCUACUUAAAUGAAUCACCCGCUAUAUAUAUAUCAUAGCUUAAAAAUUACUGACAAUUUUACUACAUCUAGAAAAUGUUUAUUUAAGUAUUCUGAGUAAAUUUCAGGUUCUUAUCAUUAUUUUUACUCGAAUUAUAAAACAAGAAAAACAGUAAAACAAAUUUAAAAAAAACGAACUGUAAAAUGUAUUGAAUACCUAAUACCUAUACAGUAAGACCCAUAAUUAUAUGUUGCGCUCAGAAUCUAAAACUUAAAAGUAUCUCACUCGUUUAGCUUACUAACAAAAUAGUAUGAUAGUUUGCUUGAACUCGGUGAAUUUCGAUAAAAUUUUCUUUGCUGUUCCGCUUCUAUAAAUUAUAGAAUUUCAUUAUGAUAUGUGCCCAUUAUCGCAUAGAAAUUAAAAGUAGUACCAUGGAUAUUUUUGGGAUCGCAUUAUGACUAUUAGUGAGGCAGCACUUUUUUAGAAAGGAAAUUUGACUGGAGAUGUACUUUAGGUAGGUUAUUUUUUAUUUUUCCAGGAGUUUUCCCAAUAAAUGUGGAAAAACCGGGAAUAAAUAUAGAAAAUACUAGAAAAUAGAUACAAUAUUAAACAAAUAUUAUUAAAAAAAAUAUAUAAUGUAAUGUAUAAUGUAUAAUGUAUAAUAUGUAAUUAUUUAACCAUAAUGCGACAUUAUGACACAUAAUAUUGUUGACAAAGUAACACUAUUAAUCGAACUCCGCUCGGAAUCGUUUUUUCAUUAGUAAUGGUUUAUCGUUACGUACAUACAGUUUACAUAUAUACAUUAAAUUUCCCUUCUACCUUUCCAACUUUUCACUUACUACAGUGGCCCACCCACAAGGGGAAUACGUCCGUCUUUUUUAAAUUUGAUACGAGUUUACAUAUGAAUGACAAUCAUUUAUACGGACAAUUUUGUUUUUAAACUCGAAUACGCAUGACUUAUGUGACGGACACUGAAUAUUGCUAAUCAUUUAUUAAUAAUAUAUUAGAGGUAUUUUUGAGGAAUAUAUUUAGCGUAUCGGCAGAUAAUAACGUUUAUAAUAAAAUAAUUAUAAUAUAUCAUUGUCGAAUGUCGAGCCAUAAUAAUUGAAUAAAUAAAUAAUUGAAAGCUUUACCAAAAAAAAUAACAAAACCAAAUUUAAAAAAAUCCCCAACUGAAUAUAUCGAAGAAUAUUAAUGCAUAUUAUUAUUUAGAUUAAUAGUCAUUUAAAAAUCGUACCUUUCAAUUUAAACGGUAUCUUUGUUUUAAACCAUGUGCAUUAAAUCAUAUAAAUUGUAUAUUUUUCGGAACGGUGUCAAUAAUUCGUUAUUGACGAAAUUUAAAUUUUGUUAGACAUAUACUUGAAAAUCGAAAUUAUGAGAUAGCAUUAAUUUUUUUUUUUUUUUUUUGUAGCAUCAGCAUCGCCAAAUUUAUUCGCUACAAUACCCGGUGCAAAUGAAACGGACCCAGCAGAUGCAAGAAAAAAUCAUUACGGGUAAAACCAUAGGGAGACCGUGGUUAGCCGCAGACAAGUCCGGAUCAGUAUGAACUGUGGGGGAGGGGGAUUAUCUCCUUCUGUGGACUUUUUUAUGCAUCAAUAUUUAUAUAAGAAUAUUUUUUUACUUGUUUCAUAUAUCUGUUAUGGAUUUUUUUUUACAAUUAUACAUACCCUUAAUGAGAUUUAAUUCGUUUGUAUUUUUAGAUUCUGAGCACAUUAAGCAGUGUUGUGGAGGUAUUUAGUUUAACUAUAAUGUACUGGUUUUACAGUGAUGUUUAUUUAUUUAUUUUUCCUGUAGACAACUUUUCUACCAGCAAUUUUUCUCCAAUUUACAAUGAUAGUACUUUUUCUAAAAGUAAAUCCGACUGAGAAGGUACUUUAAUGAGGUUAUUUUUUGAUUUUCUCUGGAGUUUUCUUAAUAAAUAAGAAAAGCCGAGAAAAACGUAGAAAAAACUGAAAAAUAGUUAUAAAAAAAAAGAAAUAUCUUAAAUUUAAAUUUUUUUAACGAUAAUCUUCAAAAAAUAUAGUGUUUCAAAACACGUUUAACCGACCUUCGUUCAGAAUCUGAUAUUUCAUUAAUAGUAAUUUAUCUUAACGUAUAGAUUUAAAUAAAAUAACUCUAUAAUGUAUCCAGUAUAUUCCCAAGUUGUUUUGCUCCGUUACGUUGGGUCGAAAUAUACGUAUAAGAGUUCGUGGUACUUGGGUGCAUAUAAUAUUAUUAUAAUCUCACUGUUCUGAAAAAUCUGCCAUUGUUAAGUCACAACGUGACGAUAAAACAUACCGUGUAGGAUCGCGAUACUAGUUUUAAUCCGGACUUGCGCGGUCAUAAUAAUAUAAUACUUUUUAAUUAUUAUGUACACACAAACGACAAUAUUAUGACAAUAUAUGACCACGUGUAACGCGUGAUUUUUGUUUCAUCCAAUUUGAUUAUAACAUACAGAUUGCAUGACCGUGUGGACCGAAGGAGAAGGCCACCUGUACUACAAAUCACGGAACAAUGACCCGACGGUGUGCGGCAUUUAUAUAAUAGCGAAACCAGAGCAGACGGUACACGUUUACUUCGACUUUAUGGACGUGCCUUGUAACAUGGGCGGUUUGAUAGCGGUAAGCGCAUGACAUUUCAAUAAUAAUUACUGCGGUAUACACAGAGUGCUUGCGAUAACCGUUAACCGCAGUGACCACUAGACUGGUAUAGCUAGGUAUAGGCGGGUACUCGUCAAUAAUAACUCUGCACGAAUUCGUUAUGUUCGAGUAAAAUAAUUUGGGUGCAUUUCCCUCCCCCUCUUCCCUCUAUCUUUUUUUUGUGUUUGUUUACCACAACGACAAAUUCGAUUAUGGCGCAUGCAAUCGAACGUUUGUAUUUUUUUUUAAUUAUACAAACUAACACUUGACAUAUUCUAGAUGAUGAAAAUUCCGUUUAAAAAUAAUUACAAAACCUACCAAGCUAUUUGUUUAGUCGGUAAACCGCAGCAGCAUCACGAGGACUGUAUAUGAGUUGCAAUAUAUUAUAUUAUAAUAAUAUAAAUAACCAUCAUAACAAUAUGAUGACUGCGAUUAUAGGAAACAAGCCAAAAUGCGAAAUAUUUACGAAAAAAUCGAAUGAAAAAUAAGGGAGGGAGGAACAAAGUUUUAAAAGUUGUAUAAAUUCAAAAACACUACCUACAUUUUUAUUUUAUCGAGAAUUCCGGUAAAUCGAAAAUACUUUCAUAAUAAAAUAUUAUAAUACUCCAUUUUUUUGAAGUUAACCUUUAAAAAAAAAAAAAAACAGAACUAUUUUAAAUUAUGUUAAAAAAAAUAAAAAUAAAAAUAAUAAUAAUAAUAACCAAGCUAAAUUAAAAUUAAUGUGAGCAAUUCAACUAUGCAUUUUAAAUUCUAAGUGAAAUGAGGAAUAUAUUGGUUUUACAAUAUAUAUUUUUUUUUUAUAUUUUCUUAUUUGUGUCUGUAAACAACUUUUAGAAAAAAAAUUAUGUAAGUUACGUUUUUAUGGACAAUACGCAAUUACACUAAAAACAUGCAAAAUACAAAUUUGCAGUAUUAUUUAUUUAAGUAUGAUCGAUAAAAAUCCAUUUACUGCAUGAAAUUGCUUAUAAAAAUAUGAACAUGCAUUAAAUACAAAAUCCGGUCCUUAUAUUUAAGUUUAUAAAUGUUUUAAUUGCAAUAAUUUAUUUAUUUAUUUAGCUACUUAUGCGUUAAUAUAUUUAUUUAUUUCUUUAAUUAUCUAUGUGGAUUUUUAUUUUUAUUAUUACGGUCAUCACAAUCAUAAAAUUUUACAUUAUACUUACCAUUGUUUUAAUUAGUAUGCUGUGUCACUUAAUGACAACCUAUGAAUACUAGGCAGUCCGCUCGAUUUUAAAAUAAAGUUGUUGGUGUCUCUCUAAAAAUUAUUUAUUUGAAUAAUCACAUUGUUUUCAAACAUUCAAUUUACAGUUAUUUUUUUAAAAUGAAUUAUGUUAAUAAUAGUUUAUUGUCCGGCUUUGUCGAUAUUGUAGUUUAACGUUAUAAUAUAUUAUUAUCUGUUGUGUACUACACGGAGUUAUUGCGAGUGAAAUAUUAAGGGCAUAAUACGAUUAAAUGUGUGGCAACCACACGAUCGCAAAAUCUGUCAAGUUCUACGUAUAGUUAACCAUAUCCUAAUAUUCAAAUUCUUGUGAUGUCUCGCCUUUACAGGUAAACAAUGCAGCAGAAUUAGGCCAACCGCAGUAAUACAUUAUUAUCACGAAGUGAAUAUAGUACCUAUAGCAUCGAUUUCCGUGUGAUGGUAACCACGGUGCAAACCGCCGCUGGAUCGAUGUACGAUAAUAUAAUACAUUAAAUGUAGUGACCACGACUAUCCAAUAGUGCAUGGUGGUGGCGAUAUAAAUAUCAUCAUCACUGUUGUAAUUAUUGUUAUUUGCACAUUGCAUAUCCAUGAAAUCAAUCAAUUUCUCAUUCAAUAAAUCAAGUUUUUUCCUUCUAACUUGGUUGAAAUGUAUAAUUUCAAAAUAAAAUUCCUAAAUAAAUCUUUUUUUUGUUGUAUUUUUGAGCCAUUUGGGAGGAUAAAAUCCCAAACCUCUUCCCUCCUCCAUAGUUAUAUAAUCUGGGGUAAAUUCUUGGGAGAAGGCAAGCUAUGGUAAAAUUUAAAAUCUAUUUAGUAUGAAAAAGAGGGGUUUUUAAGAGUUUAUUUCAUUGCCUUCAUCAAAUUCUUCAAUUAAUUGAUCAAAACUAAUCUCUCUUUCUGUUUCAAUGCAAAGAUUUGCAAUUCGAUUUAGUAAUUAUUUGAUUCAUAGAAAACUGUAGAUAUGUUUUAAGAUACUUUAACUAAGAAAAACUUCUCAAUUUAAUGCUGUGUUGGUACAAAUUUUCAAAAAUAUAAUUAAAUAUUUGCUUGACUUUCAAAUUCACUUUUCAAUUUUCAUCAAAUUUAUUAUUACAGUCAUAUACAUAUUUUAUUUUCUAAUAAAUCAUUUAUUUCACUUUUUUUUAACAUUUUAUUUAAAAUAGACAAAAUUCUACAUUCUAAUUAAUUUAACAGUUUAAAUUAAUUAGAUUAAUCUUGUAAAUACUUUUUUAAUAACCUGAUUUGAUGGGUUUUCUUCACAUAUAGUAUUUCACAUAAAGCUUGUAGAAUAUUGAGAUUGGUUUCAGAAAAACGAUUUGAUACAUCGUUAGUUAAUUUAUACAUCUAAAGAAGCUAGGUAAAUAAAAGUUUAUUUUAGUUUAUUUUUUCCGUCCAAUAUACUAAGCGAAACGGGAAUAAAGGCAAAAAGAAUUCAAAAAAUUGAAUUUCCCUCUCUUGCCUGUCCAGAUUUCGCUUAUGCUUUUCUCUGUCCUUCUUUAGGUUACUUCGUACUUAGUAAAAAUACGAAACGUGGACAUUUUGCAUGACCAGAUAAAAAUGUAAAUGACAGAACGAGGAUAAUGUACUAUUACUAUAUAAAUUUAAACAUAUAUAUUAAAAAGUAUUUAUGACAAGUGUUUUAAAAAUUGGACAAAUAGCAAAGCAUUGCUACAUCAACUAGUAUUUUUAUAAUUUUUUAUUUAUGCCAGUCUAUAUGGUGACAUAUUUAGUAACUUGGAUAGUUGGACUAACAAAAUUAUAAAAAGAUAGCCAACUAAUUUCUACAGAGUUUAAAAUGAUUAGGUACUGUAUUGACAUUUCUAUUCAUUUAAACGAAAUGAGUCACAACGUUUUCGAGAUUUUGGAGCGAUUUGUAAAAUCUUACAUUAUACUUUGGCUGAUAGUUGUAGUAAUAUUUAUAAUCAAAUUAAAUUUAUUUAAUCAACAUGAACAAAACAAAUUAAUCAAUUACACAUUUUUAAAUUUAAUUUAUUAUUAUUGUAGUUUUGAAUUAUAUAUUUUUACUAUGAUUUGCCAUAAUUUUUUAAAAUUCGUAUUAUAUUUAUUUUAUUUAAGUAUGUAGUUUAAUUUGUAAAUGUAUGUUUUAUAUACACAAUAAUAGUACAGUGUCUGCGUUUUGUAAUUUAUAUUUUUACCUGACCUAACAAAGUUUCCGAUUUUCAUAUUUUAAAUAACGCACAGUAUAAAGUGACUCCCUCUCCCUGUGCAUGCCACUGUUUAAGAAUCGUUAUUUUACUAAAUGUUUGCAGAUUUUUUUGUUCAUAAACUGAUUUUGUUGACUUAAGUAUAAAAAAAGUACAAAGUAUAUUCUAUGAUGAUCCGAGGAUGUUUUAAAUAAAAUAAAAUAAUUUAUUUUUUAUUUUUACUUGUAUAAAUGCAUCCUGAGUGGUGCAAAAAACUGUAUUGUAGUUAGGUAUUUUUGUUUAAUUUUGUUUAUAAAUUCAGCAAUUUUACUUUAUCUAUAAUACAAUGUAUAUUUAACAUUAUUCAUUAAUAUAUUAUAAAUUAUUAUCGCUUGUUGUAUAAUACAAGCUUACACUAAUAACAUAUAAAUCUUUAAUCCGAUCUGAUGGGUCUAUGUAAAAAAUUUCGUUCAAUUAAACCAUCUGUAUUCAAAUAUCCAACAUAUCCAAUAGUUUUAUGAUUUAUUUUCCCUAUAACGUGGACCAAUUGUUUAAAAACCAGAAAUCAAUAAAAGAAAUUGAAUGUGUCUUCUCGUUCCUACCCUCAUCAUAGUACUAUCACAGUUAAUCGUUAUUACCUCGUAAUUUAUCUUUUAAAAAAACGUUCUCCCUUGUUCGUGAAAAUCAAAUUAAAUAUAAAUUACAAUUGUUUUCAUUCGUAUCGCCAAGUAAGCCCAAAACUCGGUAAAUAAAUUUAAUUUUCCUUCCGAAAAUACCAAAACGCCUGUAUCAGCCAACCUUUGGUAGAUGAAUUUCGAGAUAAAAAUUAAAAAGCUAACUUCUUUUUGUUUUGUGAAUAUUAAAGGUACUAUAUUUUAUUCAUAUCGGAAUAAAACUGUACAUUUGAAUAGUUUACUGACAGACAUACAAAUCAGAAUUUCAAUGUUUUGUAUUAGAUUAUAAUGAUUUCACAUAUUACAAUAUUCGGACUCGGGAUGUGAAUGGGAUGAGAAUGUAUUAUCAUUUUGCCGGAUUAAAAAAAAUACCUCUAAUAAUAUAUCGACUCCAAAUAUAGCAUAUAAACAAAUAUCUAUAACAUUAUUAUUAAAAUAGUUCCGAUAUAACUAAAUCAAUUUUUAAUACAAAAUAAAAUUGUUUAAAAUUAAUAUACGCUAAUGUUUGCAUGUUUUGUUGGAAAAGUUUGAAAGGGGCAAAUUUAUGUAAAAUAAUCGUGAAUCGAUAUAUAAUAUAGAAAAAUAGUUUAUGGAAAAUGUCAUGUAAGAGCGUUUUUCUUAUAUUAACAGGUGUCGACGCAUAUAUAAUAAAACGCAUACUAAAUAAAAAUAUGGAAAAAGCAAUAUUUUAACAUAAACCGAACGAUAUAAUAUAAUAUUGGUUAACGUUUUUCGAUAACGAAAAUUGUUUCACUUUUUUGUUUCUUUUUUUCUAUAAAAUGUAUGUAUUACAAUAUUAUUAUUAGGUACCUAUUAUUUUUUAGAAUAUAUUAUUAUUUUCUCUCGUUUUGGAGAUGGUUUCGAACCCUAUAGUUGUCAAGGUGCUCGUUUUAUUUACUGCGAGUAUAUUAUUAUCUGCACAUUACAUGCCGAUUGAUUUAUUUCAAUUUUAUGAUAACUUUCCUUUUAUUUCAAAAGUAUAACAUAAGGUAAUUUACGGGCAAUUUAAUAUUAUUGAACUAAAAUUCUAUACGGUAUACAAUUUACGGUAUAAAAUAUUCGGGGGGGGGGGAUAUUUCUUAUCAUCAUAUUAUACUCUGCAUCAUAAAUAAUUACCAUCAUAAUAUUAGAAAAUAUGUACUUAAAAAUUUAUUUCUACUUUAAAACAAAAUAUUGAUCUAAUAAAUUGGUAUAUGGUGAAAAAAUAACGAUAUUAGUAUCGUAGCCAAAACAAACUUUGGGGGGGGGGCAUUUCAUUAUUUUUAACUAGUUUUUGUUAAGCUAGAAUACUUAUCACCUGUUAUUUUAUGACUAUUUUACUAUUUAUUUUUAAUAAACUCUUAGUUUUACAACGUAAAAUUAAAACCUAAUUAAAAAUUAAAAGCCUUGUAAAAGAAUAUACAGGCUGUCUUACGAAGAUAUUCCCCUUGUAUAUUUCUUGAGAUAAUAAAGAUGAUAAAUUCUGUUUUUUUUUUUAUAUUUCUCAAAGAGAAGAGGACCAAAAAUAUUUAUAUUUGAAUUAUUUUUUUUUUUAUAAAAAUAAUUAAAAAUAAAGCUUUAUUUUAUUAUUUUCGGAAAAAGUUAAGACAGCCAUUCUGUAAAAAUUAUUUUUCUGAAAAUUGUAAUGUAUUACACAUGUAUAUCCAAGUAACAGCCAUUUUAAAACUUAAUAAUUCGAUAUGUAUUGAUUAUUUUUGCGUGAAAAAAACAUAUUUCGAAUUUGUAGAGAAUUGUAUAAAGAAAUUAUUUGUAGAUUUUUUUAAAGUUUUAGCAUUAUAGAUACUUCAGUUGUUUUUGAAAAUAAAAAUCUGGACCCUAUUUAUAAUAUCACACUUGAAUUACGAUUUCGGAAAAGUGAAAAUAUAAUUUCAAUUUUUCCCGUUUAUAUAAUUAAUAGGAUAUGUGUCUUGAAUAUUUAUAAUUCCAAUAAUUCAUAAUAAUAUACUAGGUAUAUUUAUAUUACGUACUUAUAAUAUAGGAUUGAUUUAACAAUUUAAUAUUAUUUGUCGUCAGCAAUUAAUGUUACACCCGUCUCUCCCCGUCGUUUCGUCACUCGCAUUAAGCUGAUUGGUUUAUAAAUAAACACGUAAUUUCAAUAUAAAACCCAAUAUUAUAAUAUGGAUAUGAAUAAAUUAUUUAACGUCAUCAUAAAAGGGGAAUAUUAAUUAUUAUAGUCAGUUAGUGGGAAUAAUAAUUUUGACAUUUUGCAGUUGACAUUGUGUUAUCAUUUACCUAUAUACCCAGAAUAAAUUCGAUUUAAUAAAGUAAACAAAAUUAUUUUUGUACAAUGUUCACAAUAUUUUUUUGAAUAAAAUUAAGUAGGUAUAAUUAAGUAAUUAUUUUCGCGCUUAUUUUCUAGUUCUCUUGGUUUUUUCUUUCAAAAUACCAUUAUGAACAUAUUCAAUUACUAUUACGUAUGACUUGUAAGUAUCAUAUAAAAAAAAAAAAAAAAAAAAUGUAAAACUGAAAAUAAAUUCUGAAUACUUGCACUUAGCUGAUUACUUCUAUACACUUAAUAAUUCAGGUACUAUGUACACAUUAUACGAAAUAAAACAUCCGUGUACGUGGUGAACCCAUCACGGGUACAUCUAAAAAGAGUAAAACAUUGUCUCGAUUCUUAAAUUCGCGUUGGCUUUUUUUCGAAAAUAAAUAUGAAUGAUUUUUAGUUCUAUAAAAACAAAAAAAAAAUCGUUAAUUUGUUCAAAUAUUAAAAAAGUUAAACCUAAGUUUACUUUAUGAUAUUCGUAAAUUUUUAAAUAAACACUUUUUGUAAAUAAAAUUAACAUAUUUUUCUAAACUUUUAAGUAUGAUUGUAAGUAAUAAUCAAUUAAACAUACAAAACAAAUGAAAAUUAUAAAGUAUAAUUUAUUCAAAUAAAGUGUAAUAUUGAUAUUUACUGUAAACAGCAUAAAAAUGAAAAAAUAAAUAAUAAUAUUAAUAAAAAUAAAAACGGAGUUGUUGUCACUGUUGUUGGUGAGAAGUUUGGAAGGUAAAGGGGGGAAAUUUAAUGCAUACGAUUUAAAAAUAAUGAAUUUUGUAAAUUUUCCAGUUUUUUUUUUUACGUUUAUUUCUAUUUAUUAUGAAAACCCCUGGGAAAAUUAAAAAAAUGACUUCUUAAAGAAGUCGUACUUUAACAGUAUCACUCUAGUCAGAUUUUCUUUCAGAAAAAUUGCUACUCUUGAAAUUUGGAGUAAAAUUUCUGACAGAAAAGUUGUUCACAGAAAAAAAAUAAAUAAACCUUGUGAAUUCAAUACAUUCCUCGCUUAGAAUCUUAAAUGGUGAAAAAAGUAAUGUGAUUUUUCUAAAAAUAUCCUUGCUUUUUAGUAGUUGACUAUUAAAUUCUUCCAAAUUUUUAAGAUUCAUGGAUAACUCGGAUAAGUGUAAUUUUUUGAAUACUAAACCAAAUUUGACUGAAUCACUUUGUACAAGCUGUUUCAGCUUUUGGACACUUGCAGCAUCAUCUGUUAAACUUUAAAUCACGUUUUUAAACUCUUCAAAAUUAUUUGCAUAGAAAAGUGCAGUAUUUAACCAUGUUCACCAUCUUGUAAUAAUAGGUUCGGAUGGUAAAGGUAUAACCGGUAUUUCUUUUCUGUAUUUAUUUAUUCUUGAUGGUACUUUUAGGAAAGCUUUUUUUCCCGAAAUAAACGAAAUAAGUUACAUAUGUAUUUAAACUUUAAAUAGGUACUUAAUAUAUUACCAUUGUUAAUCAAUUCAUUAAUGUCGGGAUACAAUUCUCGAAUUUUCUCUAGAACUCUAUUAACUGCGUGCGUGCACCAUACAUAUAAUAUGAAUUAAUUUCGGGGAAAAUAUUAAAAUAACAUUUUUUCAGUAAACACAGGUUUGUUAUAUACGAGAAAAUAUAUAACCUUUCCAUCUGAUGAAAAUACUUCUUUAUAUUCAUUGUAAGGAGCAAUCUAAUUUGAAAUUUUACUUUUUAAAAUUUAUUUUAUUUUAGGCAUUACGUCGAAUAUUUUCACUGUGUGACCAAACUGAUCAAAGAAAUAGGUACUAACAGGGAGACUCACAUAAUUCGCUGUACUACUACGUUAAAUUUAAUUACUACCAUAUAUAUAUAGACGCUUAUCGCUCGCUAGGAUCUCCAAGCUUUUAGAAAAUUCCAGACGAACGAUAAACGCCUAUGAUUUAAAAACGUGGGAAAAAAAGUAAAAAUUGCAAAAAUGUCGAAAAUUGAAAAAAAUUGCAUUAUAAAAUAGGCAGAAUAUUUUUAGUCUAUAUCGGCUAUAUAUUUAAUCAGAUUUGAUUUAUCUUUAUUGCAAAAAAAUUUGAAAUAUCAAUUAAAUCCGGCCUUUAGUGAUAACAAAUAAUUAGCACAUAGAAAUUAUUAAAAAUGAUAUACAGUAGAUAUCCGAUGGUUAAUAGUAUUAACACACUUAGAUAAUAAAAAAAUAAUAUUAUUAUCAUGUGUAAUAAUAUUACGAUAUUAUUAUUACGUAAAAGAUAGAUGGUAAAAAAAUGCCUGUCUGCAUGCCUAUUAAUUCUAUUUAUGGAAUAGGUAGCUAAAUUUAAUUUAAGAAUCGUAAUUGUAGACACAUGCCAGGGUGGGAAGGAAGUGUACCUCCACAGUUAAAUUUCAACUAUAUUUUUAAAAAAAAAAUUCGCCUGAAAAAUCGGGAAAAUAUCUUUGGUCGAUGUAUAAUACUCAAAGCAUGAGAACUACCGGUUAUGAUAAUAUUAAGGCCCAUUUAUUGUGCAGUAAGGUAUAGAUAUUAUUACAAUAUUAUUGCGAAAUCUAUGAGAAAUGUUUUAUAAUAACCGAAAGUUUGCCUUCCGAAAUAGAUUUUAUACUUCAAAGUACUCGCGAUAUAUAUUAAUAUACGAUCCGGGAAUCGCUUUGUCCGUUCUGGCGAAAUCGCGCGUAGAAGGUAAUAUAAUGGUAAAUAGUUAUUUAAUAUAAACUAUAACUAUAAACCUUGGCCAAAAUUGGAUGUUGUUAAGUCGAACCGUCGUCGUCGUGUCAAAAACAUAGCACUGGUUAAGGCUUUUCGUUAAUGCCAUUGUUGUAUAAUAACUCGUAGUGAUUAGUAGUUGACCGCUUUUGAAUCCGUACUUUCGCGAAAUCCUAUUCCGUCUAAAUAAACUUACGAUAAUAAUAUACAGAGCUAUUCGAUUCUGAGUGGAACGAGGAAUCUAUUGGUUUUUACUAUGUAUGUUUGUAUGUACGUAUGUAUGUAUGUAUGUUUAUCAAACAGGGUGUGUGUAUGUGUUUUGUGUCAAUAAUUUUUUUAUCAGCAGUCUUGUUAUAAUCGAAAACAUCCAUAGAGACUUUCUUAUAGCAUUUUUAAUCUAUCAUUGGUGAGGUAAUUUUUUAAUUACUCGAUAGUGGUCGAAGACUGAUGAUUUUAUAUAUAACUUGUAUCAAUUAUAUACGUGUUUUAAAUUCGAUAGUUUAAUUAUCGAUUUUUAACUUUGAGGCGUUAAGAAAAAUAAAAACUUAACAAUUUUUGAAUGUUGUGAAUUUUGCAAAUAAAAGUUGAUCGUCUAGAAUAUUUAAAAAAAAAACUCUGUGGCGAUUUUAAGCAUUUUAUUGUACAGUGUUGGCCAUAUGAGGGUAGUCAUCAAAAUAGCUUAAACUUUUUACGAGUAGAAGGUUAUAUUAUUUUGAACACGAAUGAAACAUAAAUUAUAAUAAUCAGUAGCGCCAAACUAUAUCUCCAAGAAAGAGGUUGGCUAAUAUGGUGUUGUAAAAAAAUAUAAUUGACUAGGUAGAUACUUAUAUUUAAGCGUAGAAAGCCAUAAAAUAUUGAAAAGUGGUCUGUUUUAUCGAGCGAAAAAAUUUGUUAAUUUAAAUAUUUGAUUUAAAAGAAUGCGUAUCGUAUAUUUAUUUUCCAGUAGGUUAAGUUAGGUUACCCGCUAUUUUCGAACUGUUUAUGGUUCGGCCCUAUUGAAUUAGUGAUGACAAUAUAAUAACAAUUGAAAUUAAAAUUUGUCAAUAAUAUUAUAACUAUUGUGAUGAAUGGUGUUAAUUAUUACGUUUCACUUAUGUGCAGUUUGUGGACGGAUGGGAACUGAACGGGCAGUUGUUUCCCAACGAACUGGAUCAUCAGCUACCGAUAGAAGAUCGUUUCUUUGAGAUGUGCGGAUCCAAGAAGCCGAAACAGGUGUUCAAGUCAUCCCAGAACGCCGCCUUGAUUCAGUACCGGGUACCACGCCGUGACAGCGGAUUCAGCUUUUACGUAUCCGUCGUUAAUAACCCCACACGUAAGAACACGUUAUGAAACGUUCAACAAUUAAUAAUGGGUUCGAUGCCCAACACUCAAAGUAUGGGUAAUUUUCUAAUAUUCCAUCUGACUGCACUCGUGUACACUGGUGUAUACUUUUUGCCUACUUAAUCACCUGUCAUUUACCAAUGCAGUAGAUACUGUAUAUUCCAUACGACGGUGUAGUGCAAUCUUAUCUAUACGAGUGUAAAAACCGUCGAUUUUGACGGUGUAGAUUAUGUUUGGUUAGUAUUUGAUAAAUGAUCAGCACUUUAAUUUGAUUACUAUUAUCAAAUAAAUGAUACAUUACAACAGUAGACAAUAAUUGUGUUCCACUUCACCAUAUUAUCAAACCAAGUAUACUUGUGGAAUCUGGUAUCACUGCAGUAUACACUAAUGUAGUUAGAUUACGCUUAUUAGAGGUUAUUAACUUAAAUUGGGGGAACAAAUACACUAUACAAACUAUAGAAAAAAAAAUGUCUGAUUAUAUUAUGAGGGGCUUUUUAGAUUAACUACCGUUACCAUAAUUUUCAGUAGUACUCAUAUAUUAUAUAAUAUAAUAUUAUGGAAAUAACAAGUAGACAAGUAGAAAUCAUACUGAAAUUAGGUACCUAUUUUAUUUCAUAAUUUAAAUUUUUUCUGUAGCGGAGAUUUAUUUCUCAUAUCUCCUUCUAUCCCUCCCCCGUAAAUACGUCUCAGAUAAAAUUAGUGCACGUGUAUAAUAUGAGUGGUCUCGGAAUGCAACGGAAUUCGUUUUUUUUGCCCUACGAAAACAACAGAUAGGUAAUGCGUUUUAUUUUACCGGGGAAAACGUUUUGGAUAAUGGAAACUCUUCGCGACCGGAAAUUCGUACCGUGCAAUAGUGUCAAACAUAUAACGUAAUACGAGUACUUAUAUUUUAUUAUAAUGAGCGCAGACUCUUGCUGUAAAACUGAGUAAAUAUACGAUUUUUUUCCUCGAUGGACAAAAAAAAAUGCUUCUAUUAUAUCCUUAUUAUAUGAUACGAUAUCGAAAUCUCAGAAAAAUUGUAUUAGGUCCAAUCUAAAAAAAUCUCUGCCGCUUUGCCGAAGAGAAUUAUAAUAUACAUGGGGAGAAUAUUUAUAUUUUUUUUUCUUUUCAACGUAAAAAACAACUUAAAAUAUUUAUAAUCAUUUUUUACGUUGACAAAAAAAAUAAAACCUAUAUUCUUUUAUAUUAUAUACGUAGAUAGACGCCAUUUGUUUAACAUUUACAAUCCUAAAUACACGUCUAUAUAAUAAUCGCCGAUAUUAAUGCUCGUGAGUUUUAAAAAGGAGAAUAUGAAAAAAAAAAAUAAAUAAAAGCCCAUCGAACCUUUAUAAUCUGCUUGUUUACUUGCAUAGAAAUAAAAUAUAUUAUAUUAUGUUGUAUACAAAAUAUAUUAUAUUAUGUUGUAUACAAAAUAUAUUGUAUUAUGUUGUAUACAAAAUAUAGAAUAAUCAAUUUCUUCGUUGAAAGUUAUAGGUCAUCGAAACAGAAGAAAAAACUAACCACAGAUAAAGUUAAAAAAAUUAAAAUAAUAAAUACUAAAAAUGUUACGUCGUCAUGAAAUACCUGUGUUGUCGUCACUAGGAUUUCUGUUGCUUUUGAACUUAAUUAUUUUUUCUUAACAAAUAAAUAUGAAAUUUUUUCAUCAAAUAUCUUUCUGUUCAACAAUAGUCACUUCUAUACAAUAAUAAUUUUAAUCAAUCUAACAAUUUAGGUUUCAGUUUCUGUCAUGAUUUUGGAUAUUUUGUUUUUCAAACAACUUAUAUACUUAUAUUUUUGUUCGGACGAUCGUAAGAAAUCCGUUGAAACAAAACCGUUACAACUCAACAACGCCCCGGAAAUCCGGAUACGCUAAACAGAGCGUCCCCGAUAAGACGGGCGCACGAUACAUUUUAAGUGUUUUUUUUUUUUUUUGUAAAAUCAAAAAAAGACAGUUUCUGCGAUAUUUAAACGUUCAGUUCUUUGCAAAACCUCUAAAACUUGACAAUAAUAAUUAUUAUCUUAUGUCAGCCAACCAGAACCGCUUCGAUUUGACUAGGCGUGAUUAAGAAUAAUUAUUAUCGUGACAUCGGAAUUACGGUCGAUGACGAUCCUAAUCACCUGGAGGUUAGGUUUUCGAAGUUGAAACUGCAGUAAUAGUUAUAACCAGCGUUUGUCGUUUUUACGGCAUCCUUAGUUUUCUUUUACAAAUAUUAUUUGCUGAGCAAAUAAUGUUUGAUUUACACGUAGAUUAAAAAAAAAACAGUUGUAUUUGCACAAGAAUAUACAGAGUGGUCAAUCCUCGAUAAGAUAUUUAUUUUUCGGAAAGAAUUAAAUUUUUUUUUAACAAUUUAUGAAAUAAAUAGUUCAUCUAAAUUGUAUAUAAUCUUUUAGAUUCAAAGUGUAUUGGUUUUACAAUGAUGUUAUUUUUUUAUUCUGUGAACAACUUUUCUACCAGAAACCUUGCUUUGAUAUCAAGUAGCACCUUUCCUGAAAGACAAUUUUAUCCGAUUGGUACUUUUAAAAUAUCAUUUAAUGAUUUUCCAAGUGGUUUUUAUAAUAAUUGGAAAAAACUAGAAUUAAUGAUUUUAUUAUUUUAUUUUCAAUUUGGUUUUUAUGUUAUAAUUCAGUUAAAAAUAUUUACAGAAACUUGAAAUUUGGACAAAAAACUUAUUUAUGCAUUUUCUAGACGUAGUAACUUUCAAAACAUUUGUGUUAUAUUUGAGUCAUUUAUAGACAUUUUAAUUUUGCAAAUUUGUACGUAAUUUGUAUUCCUUAGGUACUAUAUAGAUUGUAGAUAUUUGUCCGGAAACGUUUGACCGAAAAUAAAUGCUUAAAAUUUAACAGGUUCAUUAUACGUCGUACUUUAUAGUAAAAAAAAUUGGAUUGGGGUGGUACUUUUUUUUUUAAAUUUUGUCGAAUAUCGUAAAUAUUACGGCCUUUCAAAACAAGUUAACCGAGUUUUGUUUCGAAUCGUUUUUCAUUAAAUAUGGUUUAUCGUUGCAAAUAGAUACAAAUUAAAUUCUCUUCUAUAUUCUAUUUUAACAACUUCUCACCUACUACGGUUGCUCACCCCCCGCGCGAAAUAUGUCCGUCUUUAUUUAUUUUACACGGUAAACAAGAAGAACAGGUGGUCACUAUUUUCUAAUCAGCUUACAGCAGCUGGAUUGUUAACGAGGAUUAACAUCACUAGCUGAAGAGCUUUUAGCUUUUAGCCAUAACCGGAAUCUGCAGAGAUAAGAAAAAUAUUAUUUGAGACAAUAAGACAAACCCUACAAAAAGAAUUGAAAAUAUAUAGCUAUUCUAUUUUUAAAAUACUUAAACUUUAAGGAAAAACAUUGACCAGCGUUUAAAUACAAAUAUCAACAUUCUGAAACAACAGUAAUAUAAUAAUUAACAUAUUCAUAACAUAGAUCAAGGCUAAACAUAUAUUCGAUAAAUACCUACUGUUUAAAAAUAAAAAAAAAAGCUAGUACUGAGGACGGGUACUGCUACUGUUGUAGGUCGGAAAUUGGGAAUAUAGUAUACAUAAGGUUAUUUAAUUUAUAUCCGUAUGCAACGAUAAACCAUUGCUAAUGAAAAACGAUUUGGGAAAAGUUUAACCAUGUAUGUUUUAAAAGACCGUAAUAUUUACGAGUAUCGUCAAAAUUUGAUAUUAAUUCUUAAAAAGAAAAAAAAAAUGGUACUAAGCAGUACCAAAUAAAAAUUACGUACAAAACUUGCUAAAUUAAAAUGUAUACAAAUAGCUCAUAAAUGGCUCAGACGUCUAGAAAAAACAAACAUAAGUUCCCUAUCAACAUUUUAAGCCUCUAAGAAUAUUUUUAACUAAAUUACAUCAAAAAAUACAAAAUUAAAAAUAAUAAAAGAUUUAUUCUCGUACAUUUUCUUGUAUUUUUUUACGUAUUUUUAAACUUUAUCCAAUUAUUACAAAAACUACUGAAAGAAUUAAAAACCAAAUUGCUUAUUUACGAAUCAGAUUAAAAUUUUGACAAUACAAGUUCUUUGUUGUUUUUCGAUUGGAGCAAUAUUUCUGAUAGAAAAUAUAAUUUUGCGAAAAUUAAAAAUAAUGAAUACCAUAACGCCGUAAAUAUUUGCCGUUUUACUUCCUUUCAGGUUUUUCCCAAUUAUUUUGAAACACAUAAGAGAAAAUUUCCCUUCAGAAAAGGUGCUACACUUUUUACUUUGGAGUAAGAUUGUUUGUAGAAAAAUUGAAAUUGAAAAUAAUGAAACUUUUACUGAAAACGAUUUUAAUAUAAAUGCAAUAAAUAAUAAUUAUAUAAUUGUCAACCAACAAAUAACGCAUUUAUCAUUUAUAUAAUUUUGUACAGCCUGUAACAUACUCUUGGAAGGAUUGACUGAUGUGUACACACUGAGGAACUAUGGGAAACACGUCAACUGCAGUUUGACGACUCUGUAUCCAGCCCAGGUGAAAAUACUAUCGUUGGGCGUCGGACUAGGAAAGGAACAGAAAAGGACAUUGACGGAACAAGAGACCGGAACCAUUCACAAGGUAAAAAAUAUUAUUGAGUAUUUACUCAAAUGUUUAUGUAUGUGGUAAUUAAUUCAUGAAAAGACACUUAUCUCAGAAAGUAUUAACUGUUUCAGAUUUAUUUUUUUUGGUUAAUUUAAAAAACAAGCAGCUCUAAAUUCAAAAUUUUUUGUCACCACUGAAUUCGGGCGUAAAAUCAAUACUUUUUUUUUGAUUUUUAAUUAUUAGUAUUAACUCAAAAAACAAAAAUUUCAGAAAAUGACCUUUUUAAAAUACCAACUAGAGCCAAAAUAUAACAUAAAAGGUCUCUUAUCAUGUUUUGAUUGGAGCAAUAUUUUUAGGAGAAUUUUUGUACAUAGUAGGUAUUAAAAAAAGAAAGACAAGCAUACUUCACACGUGAGUGUAGCCACUGUUUUAGGUGGGAAGUUGGGAAGGUAGGAUACAGACGGGAAUCUAAUGUAUAUCUGUAAGCUACGAUAAACCAUUUCCACCAAGAAAACGAUUCUGAGUGGAAAUCAGUUGAGUUUAGCGUUGCUUUGUCAACAAUAUGUGUGUCAUAUUACGGUAAAAUAAUUACAACAAUGUGCGUUUGCAUAACAUCAAUGAUUGUUUAAAAAAGAUUAAAAUAAUAAAAACUUAAAGGAAAUUUGAAACUUAAGUGGCAAAAGAAAGGUUUUUGAACCCUUUUAAUGCAUAAUUUAUCCUACAUAUGAUAGGGAUGCCACUGUGCCAGAUAACUACACUGUAUUCUAAAGUGAAAUGAACCAGCGCAUAAUAUAGUGUCUUGAGACAGAGAGAUGAAGUAAAUAUUUUAAAGAAGCGCUUAAUAAAUCCUAAAUGCUUAAAGGCCUUGGAAAUAACCUUAUUUAAAUGAUGAUCAAAAGAUAAAGAGUAAUAAAUACCGAGGUUUUCGUAACAGAAAACACGCUUUUUGGAAACAUCUGAAAGCUGGUAUUAUAAAUUGAUAGGAACUCGAUUUCUAGAGAAGGUCAUAACAUGACAUUUUUCAAGGUUAAGAAACAAUCCUAGCUGCCGGACCUACACGAUGAGUAUCUUUGUUUGAAAUUUUAACUUCACCUAAUAUUAUGCUCAGAUUUCACGAUUGUUUUAGGAGUAUAACUUCAGCAUCAUAUAGUAUUAUAUUAUUAUAUAGAGUGAUUCACUCAACUGAAAACAUUCAUUAUUUCGGAAAAUAUUAACUUUUUUCGAAAUUUUUUUUUCUGAAAACUUAAGAAUUAAAUAGUUCUAAAAUGUUAUUUUAUCAUUUUUUUUGUACCUCUUAAUUUUAAGACGAGAUAUUCCAUUUUUAAGUUUGGAUUUGAGAAGAGUAGUGGAGUAUCAUUUGUGUGGCGGUACGGCGCGCGGCGUAUUAAUAACACACCACUACUCUCCCCAACCCAAAUUUAAAUCUCGUCAACGGGUUGACGGAAAUAAAAAAUUUCAGCACCAAAAUUUCCUUCAUAAUGAGUGUUUCCAGUUAAAUUAACUACCUGUAUAAUAUUUCUGGUUAUUUAUUGUUUUGCAAAUAUAUUUAUACUUUGCAAAAUAGUUAGGUAUUUAUAUAUUCUACAUUUAAAAGAAUAAAACUUAUUAUUUUAACACUUACCGAUGUAAUCUCAAAAAGUUUUCUUAAUCAACUUCUUUAUUAUAUGUAUUAGUCCCGGUAACUUAAUUGAUUCUAUUCUGUCCAUUUUGAGAUUUUAAAGGUAAUCUGUUUAACGUUUCUUUUUUUGUUUUUAUUGUUGACAGUGCGAAAAAAUGGGACUGCCUGAUUUCGUUCAGGUUGGCGGUGGAGACGGUUUGGGCCAGUUGUCGGUUGUGGAUUCAGUUUGUGGCACGAAUUCGGAACCGGGUAAGUACUGUGAUUAAUAUCAAAGAAUUAUACCUACUUAACUACAUGUACUACUAAAAGUAGACGAUACCGUAGUUGAUCGGUUGGUCGAUGGUCACGAUCCCGAUAAUUUAUAAGCCGGUCUUUUGAGUGUGUUAUUUAUUUUUACUAUAUGUACUUAUUUUUAUCUACGGGACUUAGGACAAAGAUGUACGGUUAAGACGUACGGUUUUAUAAAGUUUUAAAUUAAAUCGUAAUAGGAAGUCAAUUUAAUUUACUCGACUAUCAUCACUGAACAAGAAAAUAAUUAAUACAGGAUUAUUUGUUAGGUUAACAUGUUAUUAUAAAAUUUUUUUUGGUUUUAAAAGUCAAUUUAUUCUACGAUUUUACACCUGAAAACUUGAAAUCAAUAAUGGGUAUAAUACUCGUAUUUUUGACCCAAGUACGCUUUUAUGGCGAUAUUGCUUAUAUGAAACGCUGAAUCGGAUAAAUCGAAGUAUGUAUAAUAAUACAUUCUUAUGAUGUACACAGCACGUUGUCCUUGGGAGUGGGUAAAUUAUAAUUUAUAACAUUAUAAAAAAUGUUAACGAAUUUUUAUUUUUAUUUUUCAAGUAUGUUAUACCUAAAAUAUUUUUGCACAACAACAAAAGUGCACGUAUUAAGUUUCGAAGAUAUUCGGUUUCGAUAAAAAAAAAGAAAAAGAAAGGAUAGUUUUGGUUAUUUAUGUUAAAAUUAAGAAAAUUAAUUUAAUUUGGAAAUAAAAUAUUUGAAAUCAUUACGAAUUUAAGAAGACCCGGAGAAUAUAGAAAACAUUGAUUAGGAUUCGGGAACAAUGAAUUAGAGACAAACGGAAAGAAAUUAUGUUGACAGCAAUGAUUCUUGAAAAAUUAUUAUGCUAAAAAAGAAGAGAUGCAAUAGUUUAGUUAUAGUUACAAUAACGAUAGCUUUGUCUUGUAUCUAUGUAACAUUUUGUUUCUAUAAAUGCAUAUUAUUUAUAUAAUUAAAAAGGGUUUAUUCGAUUAAUGGAGGAAAUGAAAAAAAUGGAAAACAUUUAAAUUUUCAUAUUCAAUGAACAAAUAAAACUUAAAUGUGAAGCAUUUAGUGGUGGGAUUUUGAACUAUUUUUCAUAUUAUUUUUUUACACAGAACACUUGGUUUUUUAGAAUAACGACCAAAAAUUAUUUUGAAAAAACUAAUAUCAUUGAUUUAUAUCUAUUGUAAUUUUUUCAGAAAGCUCUACUAAAACUAUCAUUUGUGGCGUAACUACUGUGAGACUCGUGUCAAGUGGUCAAUUUCAUAACGCAGUCACUGUGGCUAUGAGACCAGCUGACAUAGACGCUGAACCGACUUUAGUAUGUGAACUGCCGCAGCAGUAGUGGAACAAAGAACAAUUCAUAAUUAUAAUACGUCUUAUAUCUUCAAAUAAAAAAACAGCCGCCUCCAGUAAUUUCUCAUCCUUUUUUUUUCCUGGACGGUUCGCAGUGUUCCAUAGCAGCAUGAGUUUCAGCAUUGACGUUACGCAAAGUUAUUAAAUACAUUAGUUUUUCGUCAUCGAGGGAUUCGUCCAAUUCCAAAACAGCAGCUCAAACUGAAAAACUGUCUCUGAUUUAAUUUUGCGACAAAUUUCAGUUUUUCAUGAAAACGGCCAUGGUAUUAUAUUAUAUGCCUGUCGUCAAUUUUUUUUCUCUGUCUGUGUAAUACCUUUUAUCGCGGUUUUAAACAAAAAUAAAUCUAAUAUUAUGUAGAGAAAGAUGUAUGAAAAAAAAAUAAUAAUAAUAAAAACGAGAAGACAGUAUUAUAAUAUAUAUAUAUAUAUAGCUUGUUCAACGUUUAUAAUAUCAUAUUAUAUAAUAUAUAACAAUAAUGUUUUUUUUUUUU